CAGCUCUAUCCGAGCGUUAAUUGGCUACGAGACAUUGAGGUGAUGUGCCACGCCCCGUGUGGGCGGGGCCGGAGUGCAGACACUGUCACAUUACAGGUUACGCUGUGGCGUGUAGCUCCGCCCCCAUCAUGGCUGCUGCUCCUGAGUAGUGCGGGAGCCGGGAGAGAGAGACCCGCUUAGCCCGAGCUGCAGCCGAAGGUGAGAGGGGGCGUGUGUCCGGAGCUAGUGACAUGGUGCAACCUUACCUGCACGGGGAAUGGCUGGGAGACAGUGUCCAGGGGGCCAGCCAGUACACACUCACUGUGCAGAUAAGAUACGCCUAUAGUCCAACAUGUGGGGUCUGUUCAUUAAAGCAGGGCGACAUGUGCUGUCUGUGCCCCAUGUACUAAGGAUGUUACAUGUACUGACUGUGUUAUAUGUGCUGUCUGUGCCCCAUAUAAUGAGUGUGCUACAUGUGCUGUCUGUGCCCCAUGUGCUGUGUGUGCCCCCAUGUACUGAAUGUGUUACAUGUGCUGUGUGUGCCCCCAUGUACUGAGCGUGUUACAUGUGCUGUGUGUGCCCCCAUGUACUGAGCGUGUUACAUGUGCUGUGUGUGCCCCCAUGUACUGAGCGUGUUACAUGUGCUGUGUGUGCCCCCAUGUACUGAGCGUGUUACAUGUGUUUAUAUUAGAGUAAUUCCUGAUCUUACAUACCAAUUACGGAGUCAAUUUGCAGAAGUUGGUUUAUGGGUGUGUGUCAGAUUCUGCAUUUCACUACAACUCUGCACUAUGCCCAAUGUUUGUGUUGUCUUUAAAAAUGAACUUAAUUAUAUACAAAUAUUGCACUCAUAAAAAGUGCAACAAGGUCAGCUCACUGUAGGACAUGGCUUACAUAAUCUACAUAAAAUAAUUACUGUAGCCAUGUGACAUGAAAACAGUUCUAAUAAAUCUAGACUUGUAUCAAGAUAAAAUAUAUUUAUGCUGUGCUUUACAGCUACCUAGUUUAAAUUGAAACAUUGCAUGAUCUUACAUGUACAACUGCACGAACACAGAUCACGUGCCUUUGAUGCCUGUCGUCUGCAUGAUUUAUAUAUGCUUCAGUGGGGCAAACGAACAUGGGUCCGGAAUGGAAUGUUCCAAAACAUCAUGACUUUAUAUAAUAAUGAGAAAUGUAGAGGUCCGGUAUGUAUUUUUGAAAAACUAUACAAUUUAUCAUUUUUAUUUAUUUUGUUUCCCUUGGUAUACACAUUUAGUUUUUAUUCUCUCAAAAGCCUUGUUUACUCAGUCUAGGACACCAGAAUAAAGAUUCCACGAUGAAAAUAAUUGGACUCUGUAUUGAUAUAUAGCCACUUGUGAUUUCUUCAUCUUUGUUUUGCAAGCUGUUUUAAAGUAGUGUCAAAUACCCAGAGCAUGUGUUGAAAUAACAUUCCACACACUAUCAGUUUUAAGUUGCUUAGUGUUAAUAUUCUUUUGGACCUACUGCAUACACUUUUCAAAAGCUCAACAAGAAAAUCAAAUUAUGUUCAUGGCUCAUGUUUUUAUUAAUUAUAACUGACCCAGUACUAUCUCAGAACCUUCUGUUAUAUACUCUGAUGUUAGAAAUAUGUUCUUUGAAUAAAUCCUUUCUCUGAUAUAUGGAACUAUAGCUGAAUUUGCAAAAACUUUGACAGUGAAAUUCAGAUUCCUGUGGCGCUGUCUUAUAUUUGAGGACUGUCCAUUACUCGAGUACCUCAACAAUGGUCAGAGAGCAAAAACCGUCAAAUAGGGAAUUGUUAUUACAAGCAAAUCCAUUGCUCUCUUUUCCAGACAGGAGCUAAAAUCUAUGGCCAGUUUGACUUAAAAUAUUUUACGCUCUGUCUCUUUGUAUAUGUUCAUUGCAGUUUGUAGUACUCUGCACUUCAAAAAGCUUGGGGGUUUCUCCGAUAACAUAAAACUAUACACAUUCCAGCCGUGCAUUUUCAUGUCUAUCAGUCUCAUAAACAACAAUUAGACUUAAUCAGUUAACGUAACCUAGCAUAAUGACAAACUAUUCUUGACUUGUUCAGGAAAAUCUGCAAAGGGAUUUCCUUUUAGCAUUACACAGCACAUUUAUCCUGCAGGCUUGUACUUCUGCACUGUAACCCAUAAUAAAACACAGGGGAAAUUUUGCUGUGAUUUUUAUAACACUUAUAGAAUCCUAUUAAAAAUAUUGAUCUCUUCCAAAGGCACUUUGCUAAACCAUUAGUUGUUUGAAGAUCCACAAACUGUAAUAUGGCUAGAACUAAAGAAUUAAUUGUGCAGUGGCUUUAAUCUUCAGUCACUGUAACAUCAAAAUAUCUGUUGGGUCACAAACGUGUAAGUGCAGGAAAAUCCAAUAAAUGGAUUGAUGCUGAAUAGUUAACCCCUUUAUAUAUUGAUUCAGUGUUAAAGGAGAACGGUCACAUCUUUGUAUUUUUAAUACAGAAGGGUGAGAACUGCAGGAAAUUUAAAGUGAAUUUCACGUUAAAGGCCAAAGUAACCAAAUGAAAAGCAUAGCUGUGCAUUUGUGCCCCCUUGUCGAGUGACUUUGGAGGAGGUGGAGCUGCGAGGGAAGGGGACAGCAGAGGAAGCUAUAAUGCCGGCAAUACAGCUUUGUAUUAUUGGCACUAUAGUACCCCUUUAAAUGUUGAAAUACACACAUCUUUUUAAAGGAACACUAUAGGGUCAGGAACACAAACGUAUUCCUAACCCUAUAGUGUUUAAUCCAUUAUAAAGGUGGCUUGCCCCCACCCUUAGCUCCCUUAGAAAAUGUAAGAACUCACCUUAUUUCGAGUGCAGCGCGGGUCUACUGAUGCUGGCCCCGUCUCCAAUCCACCUCCUUGGUGACAUCUGAAUUUCCGAUUUGUAUUUUUAUUUAUUUAUUUAUUUAUUUUUUGAGCUAAUCCAUAGGGAAAGCAUUGGAUUGGCUGAAAUCAGCAAAGAGGCAGGAUGGGGGUGGGGCUAAACACCAGUUUGGCAAAUAAACACCUCCUCAUAGAGAUGCAUUGAAUCAAUGUAUCUCUUUGAGGAAAAUUCAGUGGAUACACUGAAUGGUAAUGCUGCUUACAGUACAAUACAUCUGAUGAGUGACCACUUGGAGGUGUCCCUAGAGGUAAUGUAAACACUGCCUUUUCAUGAAAAUGCCUGAAGGCAAUGAUUAUAUUCACAGAACAACUACAUUAAGCUGUAAUUGUUUUGGUGACCAUAGUGUCCCUUUAAUGCAACUGGGUGCUUCUAUCAUAGUUUCCCGUUUAUCGUUGUUAAAUACUCUGUGCUUUGAACCUAGCAGUCAGCAUAUAGAAAGCAUGCAGAGAAGAGGAGAAAUUGAUGGGUUACGUUAAGCAUUGUGUCCACUAAAGUGUUUUGAAAUGGUCAUGGUGCUCGGAGUCUGUAUGUGCAACAUUUGUUAGAAACAUUGCAUAUACAGAACUUUUUCGGAUUUCUAAUUCUGAAUCUAUGCAGAAGAAUUUUAUCUGCGCUGGCGAUGGAUGGCAAAUGGUGGCACAUUCCACUUGCUGCGCUAAGUCCUCAUUUAGCUCAGCCUCUAGGACAGUGAUUCCCAAACCAUUCCUCAUGGCCCACAAACAGUCCAGGAUUUAUGCAUUUCCCUAUUUUAUUCCAAUGGAGAUACUAACAAAACCUGGACUCUUGGUGGGUCUUGAGGACUGGUUUGGGAAACGGUACUCUAGGACAUUCCUCUUUGGCUGUAGUAAGAACUUGGCUUCAGUGCGUUAUUGCAGGUAAGUUUAUUCACUUAUGUAUUUUAAAGAAGGGGGUGCUUGCCUUACUCGAGGAGGUGGGGGGGAGAGAACUUAUUUAAAAAAAAAAAAAAAAAUGUUUAAACAAUAUUUCUAUUUCUCCUCUCUGUUUGUUCUAGUUUUGCUUUGUCUCAGCUAGAUUAUGUAACUUGUUAAUUCAAUAAUAUAACUUUAAAAACAAGCAAAGCAUUUCAUGAAAUAAGAAUUUGUAGGUAAUUUAAAAAAAAAAAAUUUAUUGAAAGGUGUAAGUUGCAGAAAAGUGACAUUUUCUCUUUUGAAGGUAAAUAUAUAAAAAUUGACUCUAUUUUUAAUGUGUUGUAUAGAUUAUGCUUAAAUAGUGUUCAAAUAAUAAAGGUUACCUUUUUAAAGGAAUUUAAAUGUUAGGAAUGCAAACUUAAAUGCCUAACGCUUCAGUGUCCAUAGAUUUAGAAGUGUCUCCCUCCUUCCCCUGUGUGCCCUAAAAAUAAUCUACCUCUACCAUUUCUGCAACGUCUUUGUGACGGCCUUUACUCCUGUCGUUGGUUCAAUCCAAUGUUCCCUAUAGAGUAGAAUUGGGAAGUUGAAGCACAUCCAAGCAUCCCUAUAGGAAAGCACUGAAUCAGUGCUUUCCUAUGUGGAAAUCAACAUCACGUGAGUUUUAUUCAGUCAGUGCUGCAGAAUUGCCUCUAGUGACUGUCAGGAAUUCAACCACUAGCAGUGGGUUUAACCUUGUAAUGUAAACAUUGCAGUGUUAAAAGGACAGGGUCAAUGCCAGCUUCUCGCUUCAGCAAGUUGGGAUGAGUGGACAGGAUCACUGCCAGCUUCUCGCCUUAGCAAGUUGGGAUGAGUGGACAGGAUCACUGCCAGCUUCUCGCCUUAGCAAGUUGGGAUGAGUGGACAGAGUCCAAAUGGGACUUUACCAGUGACACAAGCCACAUCACUAGCCAUGCCUACAAUGGGCGGUCUGAUCUGAAAAAGGGGCAGGCCCAUCACCUGAAAGACUGUCCAGUCUCCAGCUAUCAGGACCAUGCAAGGAGCGCUGCUGUACACUCCCUGCAUGGUCUUGGUGCCUGCGGCACAGCGAGCACAUCUAAUUAGGCGCUCACACUGUGCUACCCUGGUAUAAUGUCCUGAUGAUCCAUGAUGCAGGACCGGACCCUGAAAUUGGGUCAGUCCUGCUGAAAGCUGGACCGUUUGGAGCCAUGCACUGCACCCAGACCACUUCAUUGAGAUGAAAUGGUUUGGGUGACUUUAGUGGUCCUUUAAGAUCUUUGCACAGCAAGUGUCUGGUGAAAAGUGGGGUCAAAAUUUUCUCAUUCUGGUUUUUGGUGUCCACAAUUUUGACAUUUUGGCAUUGAUUUUAAAAAUGACUUAUCAUGCAAAAAAACUAAUAAAAAUAUUUUAUUGAAGAAUAGUGAUCACAUAGAGCCAUUUCUUCAUAGAAAAGACUGUUUACAUUGCUUCCUAGUGACACCUCUAAUGGCAGUCACUCAAAUGGAGUGCAGAGCAUGAGGACGUACAGCAUCAGUUAGCGACCAAAAGUUCGGUAACAUUCUGGAAGCGCCUCUAGUGGCUGUCUGAGCUUAGUGAGCUGAAGGGAUCUGGGUUCCUAUAGAGUCCCUUUUAAAGUAUAUGCUUGAAGUUUACUAUGUUUGCUGUUCCUGUAAUUCUGUCUUCGUCCACCAUACACACAACUUAAUUCCAGAUCUCUCCUCUGUCCAUAGAAUAUGCAUUUACCAGCAUUUUGAUUAGCUUAACAUCUAAACUUACAGACACCAUAAAAGCUACAUCUCCGUGAUUUUUUUUUUUUUUUUUAAGGGUGCCUGUAGUUUCCUGGCUCAGUCUUGCCUAGUUUUACUUCAUCAAAAACUGUUAUUCUUAAAAAAAAAUUGUUUUAAAAAAUUGGUUAAAUGGAGUAAUCCUUGCUGGCAGCCCCUUAAAAAAAAAACAAACAAAAAAAACCUAAAAAUACAUUUUUUGUUAGUUUUAAUAAAAAUAAAACAAUACAUUUACCUGCGUUUCACAUGGAGGCCAAGUUCUCCCGGCAGCCUGAUCAACCUUCAGUGAUAUCACUCCCCCUGCUGUGGGAGGGACUGUCAUCGGUCUCCAACAUACUAUGCAUGCUACUUGAAGUAAAACAUUAAGUGUAAAUGAGUUUAGAGAAAUCAAACAAAAAUCUCUAAAUUGGAAAUUAGAUGGAACGUGGAAAAAUACAUAACAUGAGCUUGACUGCAGUCAAAAGCAAGGAAAAGGAUAUAAUGUAGUGGUAGUUAUUCGCCUUGGUUUUCAUUCAGUAAUUUAAUCGGCUUAAUUCAUUUCCUGCCAAAAAUAACUGAAACACAUAUUUAGGCAUUUUACUGACAACAGAUGUGGCACGUUUGAUGGAAAUCAAUUUCUUAAAUUUAUUAAAAGAAACAAAUAGACUAUUAAAAGAAUGGAGGACCCAUGAAAUAUCUUGGUGGGAUAGAAUUAACACGAUUAAGGCCUAUAUUGUUCCAAAAUGGAUCUAUUUGUUCCGUAUGAUCCCUCUUAAAGUUCCAGUACAUUGGUUACAUUUAAUUCAGAGUAGUUUUACAAAUUUCAUUUGGAGAGCUAAUGGCUACAAAGUUGUUGAUCGCAAAAGCUUGGAAAAAAAUAGAUACCCCCAAUAUAUAUCAACUAAUUAGCGAACAAACCACAUCGGGGAGGUAUGGGAUAUCCGUUAAUAAAAAAUACCUAUCAAGCAAUUAUAACAAUACAUGCCUUGAAUAUACAAGCUAUAGAAUGCAAAGAACAAGCAUGGUAUAAACUACAAGCAUAUAGAGAAGGCAUAACCAACUUAGAAACAAUAUUAUGGUCAAUUACUAAGAAAAGGAAUAAUUUUUUAGAAUAUAAAUCUAGGAUCAUUCUUCAAACAAUGAAUGAAUGGUAUAUUCUAAAAAGAAAAUUGGGAAUUGCAGAUUUAAUUCCUGACACUAUUCGUAUUAGAACGGUAGAAAAUAUUAUGACCGACAUAAAUUUGAAGAAUUGGUAUAUGGACUCAGAUAUAUGUAUUAAAAAUAUCUACCUGAAUGACCAAAUAGAAGACUUCCUGAGUUUAAAAUUAAGACUGAAUCUACCUUCUAGAGAGAUUUUUAAUUAUUUGCGUAUAAAGAGCUUUCUAAAGAACCAUCUUAUAAAUUACAAUGGGGAGAAAAGAAAUUUAAUUAAAAAGAUCUUCUCUAUAGAUACUACAGAAAAUAAAUAUUCUUUAAUACUAGAUUUAUUAAAUUAUAUUAAUCAAACAAAUACUCCUACAGCUUUUAAAAAUUGGGAGAGAAAGCUAGACACAAAGGUCAAUUUUAACUUGUGGUGCCUUGCUUUUCUUAAAAUCAAAAAAUACAUUCAUUGUCUAAAUAUACUAGAAAAUUUCAUUAAAGUUAGUUAUAGAUGGUACAUUGUUCCAAAGAAGUUGAACAAAAUUUCUCAGAAUAAUUCCCCCAAUUGCUGGAGAUGCUUUUAUAUAGAUGGUUCCAUGACACAUAUAUGGUGGAACUGUCCUAGAAUUCAACCACUAUGGGAUAUGACAUUUAAACUAAUAAGGGCAGUAAGUAAUACUCAACUAGAUUUCACCCAGAAAUAGCAUUAUUUCACAUGUAUAAUAUUAAACUAGAUAAGAAAAAUGAAAUAUUAGUCACCCACUGCCUAAUGGCUACAAAGUUGUUGAUCGCAAAAGCUUGGAAAAAAAUAGAUACCCCCAAUAUAUAUCAACUAAAGGCCCAAAUUCAAAACCAACUGGAGAUGGAAAAAGGAGUAAUCUGGUAUACUGUUUAUAAAGAUAACAUGUUAAGAUAUAUAUAUAUAUAUCUUCUCUCUCUCUCUCUCUCUCUCUCUCUCAACUGAUAUCAAAUCGUACGGAGGGAUAGAAAAUAAGGAGGGAAAAGAAGAUAGGAAGGGGAAAGAUAAAGGGAAAAAAUAAAUAGGGAGUAACAGAAGGUAAAAGAGAAAGAAAGGAAAUAAGAAAAAUUUAUAUGCAAGAUUUUAAGAUCUAACCCAAAUUAAACUGCUGGUAUGAAUGGGUAUAAUCACAGAUAUGGCAGAAAAAAAAAUGGGCAAUAAGAUAAUCAUUGCAGCUUCAUAAUAGUCUUACAAGAAAUAAAUUAAAGGUAAACGAGAGAAAAGAAGGAAAAAGAAAAACUAGAGAUAAGAGAGACCAAAACAUCAAGAAAAAAAUAAUAAAAAUAAAUGAUUAGAAAAGCCCUAAUCACUAAGCCCAGAUAUUACUAGGUUUGAAUAAUGGAUACAAUUGUAAUUGCAAUUUACAUCUGUGAACAUGGUAUGUCUUUUGUGAUGUAUGAUUCCAGAAGGAACAUAUAGAAUUUGUGUUGUAUGUACAAGUAUGUUAAAUGUAUUAUGAUAUAUAAUUUAAUUUAAAAAAAUUACAAUUAAAAAAAUAACUGAAACACAAAGCCUAUCUGACCAACUGGUAUCGGUUUAAUUUACAGAAAAAGUUUUUUUUUUUUUCUAUUGGUCUCUGGCGUAACCAGAGUGUUCUUCUGAAUUCAGGGAUCUCUGUGUAGUGUUUGUUCCACAAUGUACAACAUUUCUGGGCUAAACUCACCUCUAGUGGCUGUAAAUAGAUUGGAUUCAAUGCUUAGCACAUUGUGACGAUUGCACUUUUAGUCCAAGUUGUCUCGGCAGGGAAUUUCAGCUUUUGGACUUUAGUUGGUUGAUUUACUUGCUGGCUUUUUUUUUGUUUGUAGGUGGAGGGAUUUGCGCUCUAACUGUAUAGGGCAAAAAAAAAUUUAAGGGUGAAGAUUAGGUUAUGCUAGGUGGGUUCUUUUUUUUUCUGGGGGGAUUUGGUAAAUUUCUAGAAUUUAAAAAAAAAAAAAGUUGUGUUAAACAAAUUUGCAAUUUCUCAAUUAGUUCAAGAAGUAGAUGACAGAAUGUAUGGUUGUCAUUUAGAAAACAUUGGUAGAGAGAUGAGUACAAAGUAGGAUUGAGAGGUACUUUUACUUUAUAUAUUUUGUUUGAGUAUUAGUGGUUACUAAUGAACAUUGGCCGUUUAUAAUGGACUGGUACAACUGGAAAAAAUAUUUUAAAAAUAGUUUGACAGCUACAUACUAUAAUAACUUGCUCAAUGUAAAAAGCCCCAGUGAUAAAACAUGAAUACAUGCAAAAAAAAGUAACAGAUAAAUGUAAAUGCAAUAAACUGAAAACCAUAAAGAUUGCCACUAAUACUAAGCAAAACAUAUUUUACAGUAAGUAAAAUUUCAGCACUCAUGAGCAACAAGUACUCACAAGCAAGAUAAUUAAAUGGGUGGCUCUGGUUUUCCUUACGGCAAAACUACCUGCAAAGCCUUACGCUCAAAAGGGAUAAAUUCAGGAGAAGGUUUUCCAGCAGAUACAUAGAUGCCAGUUCAAUAGUGUCUGUGAUAUAAGGAUAAUGUUGACUUUAGCCAUUUGGCUUCCUUCAAAAAUACCCUUAUAAAGCUUGAAGAUACAAUAUUUUUCUCUUAAUGAUUAAAUCACUUCUAAGUACCUAGACAUGUUACUAAGCUUCCGUUUCCAAUGAUGGGUUCUGGCACAAGGUAACUCCUAAUUAAUUGUAGAGCAUUCACAUAACUUUAGGGAAAAAAAAGGUUGUAACUGAAGAAUUAUCUUGGUGAAAAGCUGGGUGCUAGAGAGGUUGCCAAAGCUCUUUUUGUUUGGCUGCCUAAAAUGCAUCAAAACAUUCAGUAUCUCCUCCCUCUGCAUGCAGACACUGAACUUUCCUCAUAGAGAUUCAUUGAUUCAAUUCAUCUCUAUGAGGAGAUGCUAAUUGGCCAGGACUGUAUUUGAAUCGUGCUGGCUCUGCCCCUGAUCUGCCUCUUUGUCAGUCUCAGCCAAUCCUAUGGGGAAGCAUUGUGAUUGGAUCAGGCUACCACUUCCGAUGAUGUCAGAGGAAGUUCAGAGGCAGCAGAUUCAGACUUGAAUACAAGUAAGAUUUUACCAUCUUUAGGGAGGCAAAGGUGGCCAAGGGGGCUAAAUAGUGGGUUUAGCACUAUAGGGUCAGGAAUACAUGUUUGUGUUCCUGACCCUAUAGUGCUUCUUUAAGUUUUCCUCUGCAAUUUGAGUUACAGUAGCUCUUAUUUGUGAUGGGAGCAAAGGACUAGCCUUUGCUCCCCAGGUGCAUGAAUGAGCCUUGGGUGCCUAUUAUUUGGUUGUCAAGCAGCACCAAACAGAUGUCUUUCUGGUAAGGUAGAUUAGAAAGGCAAUUUUAUUAAAGGACACAGAGGUUCAUAUUAUUAUCUCUUUCUUUAUUCCUCAGCAGCAUGUCCCAUGUAACCUUCAGCCAAUCCUCUUUGCUGCUGCCUCCUCAGCUAAGUAUCACUCCAACAGUCUCUGUAUUAAUUUGAGUAAUUGUUACCAUUUAUCACUGUAUCUCUUGGUAUUUUGUAUGGUUUUGUUUCCUACUGUUUGUUUUCUCUGGGAACCCUACUGGCUCCCUCAUUCCCUCACCACAGUUUCCUAUUUCCUCGCUCUGUCUCCCCCCCCCUCCCCUGUCUGGUCGGGUUGUUUAUUUCCUGACCUAUUUCCUCUGCCUGCACAGAACCUGUGACCCUCUCACUGCCGGGUACAGUAUCGCUUGUUUGGGGGCGGGGUUUGGUUGUGUUGUUGGGCAGCCUCACGGUGUUCCCCAGGAGCCAUUCCUGAGGGAGCACUAAGUGAGCCUGUUUUUCUUUGGUCAUUCUGCCUAGUAGCCUUCCUACUAUUCAGGUAAAUGCUGUCAGUGCCUAUAUAUUCUUUUUCACUGCCACUAUAGUACUGUUAUCCAGUAGUGUGGAUGUGAGCUCCCUCCUCUAUCCUUAGGAUAAUUUGUCUUGUUAUUUCUUAUGAAAUUUUCAUAUACACUUCAUUAUAUUAAUGUGUCAUGCAGUCCCAAAUGAGUUGGAAGUUUCCGUCGCCGGUUCUUCCACUAGUGUCAUUAAAUCCUCUACGCCCCUGAUGGUGGCCAGUCCACCCACACAUGCCAUGGUGGAUGAAGCAUCACAGGAGAAAAUGAAUUCAGAAGAGUUUAAUUCCCUCCUGGAUGCUACCAUGUUGAAAUCAGCCAGCCACUUUUUCAGCUAUGGGCACCAUGUCUGAUAAUCUAUCACAUGAACAAUAAUGUCCACCCAGAGACCACCUACUCUCAUUCCUGCUAAACCCCCCAGAGAGUAAACCGGUAGCUCCCAGUGAGCGUAAAUCCACCAAAAAAUCUCAUCAAUUGGAUGAGGAUGCCUCCAAAGACUGUCAGACGGACAGGGUACAUCCUGUCACAGAGGAUGUGGUUGCACCACAAUGAAGAGCCAUCCACCGGGCAAAAUUGUUGAGAAAUUGGAAGAGAGCAAAAGCCCCAAUUGAGUCUUCCAAAUCAUAAUCUGAGCAAGAGGAGGCACUGAGCGAGUCUGAUGAUGACUCUUGUGACUCAGGCGCAUAUUUUCCUGACCAUGGCUCCUUGUCCGGACCUAGGGUUGACCCGAAGGUCGGAGUGGAUGACUCCAUCCUCCUUUGUCCUCAGGGUGAACCCCUCUAUGACCCCGUCAGCCUUCAGCAUCCGGGAUCUUUAGAGCGGUACCCAUUGGAUCAUGUGGCAAAAUACAUUGCCACUCACAUUAGAAAACCGCUUGACAAGGUUGCACGGAAUUAACUCAGGACAGAAUGGUCGAGAUAGCCUUAGCAGGUGGUACUCCUGCAGACUUGUUAGUCAUCAGGGGAUGGAUCCAACGAUCCGUAUGUUUGCUUGGCAAUGUCAAUGCGGCAUUAGCUAUUGAGAGGUGCAAGGCAAUACUCUUAAAAUAGAAUUUAAGCUAGUGAAUCUAGCUAUCUCAGAGCCUCGACCAUAGGCAAAACGCCUACUAUUUGGAGAAAACUUUGUGAAGGGGUUAGACACUUGCAUAUGGCCCAUCUUGAGAAGGCGCAAGCCAAUAUGAAGCAAGUUCUCUCCCAGAGAGUUCCUCCUGGGGUUCAUACCGGGUUCCAGUGGCUUUGAUCACACAAGGUUUCUAACACCUAAGCACAAAGCCAAUUCACUGUUUUUCCCACGCUGAGGCAGACCUUGAGAGUCUCGCAGACCCAGAGGUUCCUCCUAUGACCGAUGGCCUUAUGGUAAGUUCAACUUCAUGCUACUUGCCGUCCGUUGCAAUGGGGGGCCAAUUAAGACAUUAUGUUACGCAGGUUAACCUCAGAUGCUUAGGUCCUUGAAACGGUCCUGGGUUAUUUAAUAGAUUUUGUACAAUAUCCUUUUCAGAGAUUUUUACCCAACCGCAUCGUGUUCUCCGCACACGACCGACACCUGGUGUCGCAAGAAAUACAGCAUCCCUAGCAUCCAGGGGCGCUUUAACGGAACCUUCCGUUAAUGGACGCUUCCUAGCUUGCGCCGAGGACCACAACCACCGCAGACUCCACAACAGCCGUAGCUUAACUGGAGUCUCGCCUUCUUCUGUCCACCCUGGAUCAGCUUCUGUCCUCCAGGACCGUGUGGGGAAGACCUCUCCUCUAGGAGAGCGUAACAGGAACAGCUCUUAAAAGCUCAAGGGAGUAUGCAGAGCAUAGCAAUCCCCAGAGAGAUUAUAGCAGUUCCCUCCAAUAACGAGACAAGGCUAUGCAUUGAGGGUCAAGAAGAUCUGUAUUACUUGGCCCAAAAGGGCCUUCUUUUAUGCAGGUUUUUUUAUGCAGGUUUUCCUUACAUAGCAUCACCAACAGGGUUUUAAAGAACAACCAAUAACACACAUACAAUACAGAAAACUGGGGACACAGGCUUAAAGGGGCAGUGUCCCAAACAAGUCUGGGGACACGGUCUUAAAGGGGCAUUGUCCCAAUUUUCUCUGUCCCAAAAACGUGCUUAAAGGGCCAGCACCAGUCCCAUAAAAAGUCCAAAAGCCCCAAUAUGCUCACAGACUGUUCUUAAAGGCCAUACACACCAGGUCCAUGGUCAUGGGGGAGGAGGCUGGCAAAUAGGCUCCUCCAUAAUCCAGGGAAGCAGGGCAAUUUGUCAUUUAAAGGAACAGUUACAAAAGGAAUUUUGUAACAGGUGCCAUCUUGGAAAUUCACCCUCAAACCCCAGGUUUCCUGAGCAAUCUCUUCCUAGUCCCAAGAAAGGUGGAGGCAUUCGACCUGUCAUCAGUCUACGACCUCUAAACGUUUUUGUCACAUACCACAUUUCAAGAUGGAGGGUAUUCACUCUCUUAACCCCUUAAAGACACAUGACGUGUGACAUGUCAUGAUUCCCUUUUAUUCCAGAAGUUUGCUCCUUAAGGGGUUAAAGACCUUCUCCUUUUGGAGGAUUGGAUGGUCAAACUCUACUCACUGGAUUCAUACCUCACCGUUCCGAUGGCUGAGGACUCCCUACAGUUCCUGCAAUUUUCGGUGGGAAAAAUUUCGGUGGUGCUUCACAAAACUACUGAAACCAGCAGUGGCCAUUCUGUGCAGCAGAGGAGUUUGACUCAUAUAUACUUGGACGAUAUUCUCGUAAUGGCACGGGACACUCACAUGCUCCACGUACACCUGUCCUGGACAAUCACUCUCCUGAGCAACCUAGGUUUCCAUCAAUUGGGAAAAGUCGGUUUUCAUACCUUCUCAAUCCAUAGAAUUCCUGGUUCACGAUAGAUUCCAUGUGCGGGGCACUCCUACUACCACCUUCCAAGAUCAAAUCCAUAAAGAAAGAAUCUGUCGGACGCUAGCCCGUCCUGUCCUGACACUGAGACAACUAGGCCAGGAUCAUCGGGCUUAUCUCAGCACCGAUUCAAGCUCCAUUACAGAACACUUCAACGACUGAAAGCCAAACACCUUCAUUUGGGUCAUUCUUAUUUGGACUCUGUUACUCUUGACUGCACAGCCAAAGAGGAACUUCUGUGGUGGCUACAACACAUGAAGGUGUGGAAUGGCCGACCAAGGUUUGGAACCGCUCCAGACUUCGUCAUAGAAUCAGAUUCAAAUACGCUCAGCUGGGGCCUACCACCAGGGGGGGGAAAUGGUCCCUGGAAGAACAAGAAAUGCAUAUCCAUUGCCUCAAACUGCUGGCAUGUUCAUUUGCACUACUUGGGUGUAUCAAACAAUUGCUCCAUAAUUUUACUGAUGCAUAACAUCUCAGUGGUCCGGUACAUCAACCACCUUGGGGACACAAAGUUAAUAACUUUGGCAAACCUAGCAAAGGAAUUCUGGCAAUUCUUCCUGGAUCGCAAUAUCUCUGUGCAAGCAGAGUACAUUCCGGGGAUGUCCAAUAUAGUGGCAGAUUGGAAGUCCAGACACUUACGGGAUGCCAGCGAUUGGCGGCUGAACCCUUCCCUUUCUUCUGUUUGCAGUCUCUUUGGGGCCCUCUGGAAAUUAACCUAUUCGCAUCAUGUUUGAAUUCCCAACUACUGAGAUUUUUCAGCUGAAGACCAGAUCCAGAGGCUCUUGUAGUAGAUGCCUUCCUGCAACCAUGGCCAAGUACUCGCCAAUACGCUUUUCCACCCUUCUCUCUCAUUGCUCUUACACUUCUACAUCUCAGGCGUUACCAGACCUCCUUGAUCCUCAUAGCCCCGUUCUGGACAGCUCAGCCAAUGUUCCCUACACUCCCUGAAAUGUCAAUAGAUUACCCAAGAUUGCUCCCAGUCUUCUCCAACCUAUUGCUGGAUCUCAAUGGGAACCCACAUCCACUUCUCGUUCAGGGACAUCUCAGGCUAUUAGCUUUGGCCCCAGGAACAAGGAAAUCCUAUCUCCAUGCCUGGAACUCAUGGAAUGGUUGAUGCAUCGAAGAACACGUGGAUCCCAUAUCUGCAUCUGAGAGUCAUGUUGUGAGUUUCCUCAUUUCACUUUGGACCUGGAACUAGCAUACCGUAGAUCAAUAUAUAUAGAUCAGCCAUCUUGGCAGGCCACCAAGGUUGGAAGGGAUUUCCAGCAGGUUAACAUCUUUAAUAUGUCAACUCCUUCGUGGCAUCAGGUUUGCACGUCCUAAAUAUACCUCCUUAUGGCAGGUGAGACUCGUCCUUCGACUAUUUGAAAAUUGGCCUCAAAUGAGGACCUUUCGUUCAAGCAGCUCACGGAAAAAUUAGUCAUGUUUUGUCUCAUCCCCUGCUAACGUGUCUCAGACAUUCGUGCACUGGACAUUACAGCACAUUCCUUUACUCCAGAUGGCGUUUCCUUUGACAUUUCAAGGCGUACGAAUACAUCCAUUAGCUCGGUCUUUUAUCCAGCUCUUGCACAUAAUGUUAACCUCUGCCCAGUGGUCUGUCUCAAGGAAUAUGUGUAGAAGACCUCCUCAGUACGUGAGCCUCAAUAUGCUGAUUUAUUUCUAGCUCUUCGAUGCCCACAUAAAACUGUUUAUCUUUUCUCGUUGGGUCAAAUGGAUCAUGACGUCGGCUGUCGUUGACACUUCCACAUUUGGAGCACACUCUGUCUAGGCGCUAUGGCAUCUAAAGCUAGAAGACUUCCUCCGUGCUGCGGAUUGGUCCCGGGGAUCUACUUUUCGGGAAUCCUAUUUUCAUCCAAUUAAUCAUUUUUCCACUACGGUUGGUUACACAGCUUUGAACGAGCAUAAUAUGAGCCUCCGUGUCCUUUAAUAAAAUUACCAGAUUUUACUAAUUUCAUGACGUAAAGUCAUGAUUUUUUAUUCAGGACAUGGAGGCGAGUAUUAUCCCACCCGAUACAGGUAUGUUACAACCUCCCUGAGGUAUAUGUAUUAUUUUCACAAUAAGUAUGCAGUCUUUAGGGUAUUGUUGUUGUUCACCUAAUUGACUAAUUUCUGUUGACCAAACCCACAAAUCUUAUAGGAGUAUAAACACAAUCAGUGCAUAAAAAUACAAAGAGAGAUAAAUACCCCAGUAUUUUAAGAUCUUUAAGGGUCAUAAGUUUUUGUCAGAUCCCAUAUAGAAACUGGUUCAAGUAGUAUCACUUUAAGAUAUCUCAGAUCAAAUCUUGAAGUUACUCUCAGGGAUGUAGCUUGAUCCUCAGAAUAUGUAAAUUGUAGAACAAGCAAACAUCAAAUUAAGAGAGUAUAAAAAGCAAAUUUAUUAUAAGUAAAUAAAAACCUUACAUUGAGGUCUUGUAAAAUCAGCAAAAGAUGACAGCAUAAAUAGCAGCACAACGCGUUUCAACGAUCAAUCUCGUCUUCCUCAGGUGCAGUUCACAUUGUUACAUAAAAUUCAUACAUUUAAAAGCCUUUUGGCGCGGAAAAGCGGGUAUUUAGGACCCGCCCCCUUUGCCAUCGGACCAAUCAGCAGAGACUAGAUGAUUUCCUCUUCACAGUCUGAUUUCCGGAUUCAUGCGUUCCAUUCCUUUUACUUCCGGUAUCGCAUGCGUUCCAAUAUGCGUCUCACAGGGGGCACUUCCGGUUUCACUUGCAGUCCGGUUUACCCAGCGAAAAAGUUCCUUACCAAGUUCAUAUGGCUGCUAAACCUCAAGUCCACAUAAACAUAAUUGAAUAAUAUACAUGUGCACAUAGGUGCUCAUGUAUAUGUGUACAAAACAUGUACAUGGGGAACAGGGAAAUAAAUAAAAAAGGCAAAAGUUAAUAAUAGCCACAAAUAACUAAUUAUAUCUAUAUAUAUCUAUAUAUAUAUAUAUAUAUAUAUAUAUAUAUAUAUAUAUAUAGAUACAUAAUAAAAUAUAUAAUAAAAGAGUAAGGUGGAACCAAUAAAAGUGUAUUCACCAGGUGUGCAGAAAAUUAGAUAUAAUUGUACAUUUCAAAAUCAAUGUUUAAACCACAUGGAGAGAGGGUUUCCAGCUCAAAGAUCCAUUUCAUUUCUGUUCUAUUCAGGAUCUUGAGAUGGUCCCCCCCCCCUUUCCAUGGUUUUUGAACCUUUUGGAUUCCCAGGAAAUGUAAGCAUUUAGUGUCCCCAUUAUGUUUUUGAUAGACAUGUGCUGAUACUGAAUGAUUAAGAACUCCCUUUUGUACAUUCCUAAAAUGUUCACAGAUCCUGACUUUUAGGGGUCUAGUGGUACGCCCUAUGUACUGCAGUCCACAGAUACAUGUUAAUAAAUAAAUAACAUUGUUUGAGUUACAUGUUAUAAAGUCUUUAACUGUAUAUUCUUUUUGUGUUUUAUUUGAAAUAAAUUUCUCAGUUUUUUUAUUUAUGAUUUUACUCAUACUACACGCCCUACAGUUCCCACAGUUAAAAAACCCUUGUAAUUUUUUUCCUUGUAAAUCAUUAUCUCUAAGGGGUCUUUUAGGGAUAUAACUCCUGGUCAAUAUAUCUUUAAAAUUAUUGGCGCCUCUAUAAAUUAUUUUCGGCUUUUCUCCUAUAUAUUCACUAAGAUCUUCAUUUUGCUUAAGAAUAUACCAAUGUUUUUUUAAAACUUUGUGAAAAAUAUGACUCUGUGAGUUAUAGUCACAAAUAAAAGACACUUGUUUUGUUUGUGUGCAUUCUUUUCUCUUUUUAUACAUUAGUAAGUCUUUUCUGGGCUUAGUUAAAACUUCCUCCAAUUGUGCCUCUACAUCAACUUUUUUGUAUCCUUUCUGAUAAAAUUGUUCUUUUAACAUAUCAGUUUGUUCUAAAAAUGUUUUUUCUUCCGUACAGUUCCUUUUUAUUCUCAUGAAUUGGCUUUUAGGGAUGUUUGAAAGCCAAGAUUUAAAAUGGCAACUCUCACUGUUGAUGUAACUAUUGACAUCAACAGUUUUAAAAAAAGUACUAGUCUUAACAACUCCAUUAUCAAUAAAGAUCUUUAAAUCUAGGAAGUGUACUUCUUGAUUACUUAUUUCCGAGGUAAGCUUAAUACCCCAAGAAUUAGAAUUUAAAAAAAAUUAAAAAGUUAUCCAGUGAUGUCUUACUUCCCUUCCAUAUUAAAGAGAUGUCAUCUAUGUACCGCCUAUAGAGGACCAAGUUCGCCACCCAGUCAUGUUCAGCAUAUAUGUAGGAUUCUUCCCAAAAUGCCAUAAAAAGAUUAGCAUAACUGGGCGCGAACUUGGUCCCCAUGGCGGUACCUCUCCUCUGAAUAUAAAAAUCCCCCUCAAACCAAAAGAAGUUGUUUUGUAGGAUAAUUUCAAUGCCCUCAAUAAUAAAUUCAAUUUAUUCUCCUUUAAAUGCAUUUGAUGUUUUCAGGAAAUAUUCCACCGCCUUACAUCCUUUUUGAUGUUCAAUGACUGUAUAAAGGCUACUAACAUCGCUAGUAACGAGAAAGUAAUCCUCUUUCCAGUCUAUUUUUUGUAAAAUCUGAAGGAGAUUAAUGGAAUCUUUCAAAUAAGCUCUAGUUUUAAUAACAAGGGGUUGUAACAGAAUAUCAAUAUAUUGUGACAGGGGUGAUAACAAAGAGUCAACCCCUGCCACAAUUGGUCUCCCUGGAGGUUGUACAGGAUCCUUGUGAAUUUUGUGAAAUUUGUUGAUUAUUAUAAUCAACAAAUUCGACACAUUUAUAGAAUUUUUGUGAAAUUUGUUGAUUAUUAUAAUCAACAAAUUCGACACAUUUAUAGAUUUUAAUCGAUAUAUGAGGAAACUUUGCCUUAAAAUUUUUUUCCAGAAAAAGGAGAGGAAGGAGAUAAAAUCAGAAGAAGUAGUUGAAUUCAAUCAUACUACUUUAAAACCGACUUCGUCAUUUUUCCCAUACCAGCUUAAAACAUCUAGUAUGAAGGCAUUCGAAUAGGCGUGUAUUAAUGAUCUCAAAAAAAUCAAACCACUUUCCAAAUUUGAAUUUAACCUCACAUGGGGAGAGAAAAAAGCCCUUGAAGAUCUUAGUAAGGAUGAUAGUAUUAUCAUCAAACCCGCAGAUAAGGGGGGAGGGGUUGUUAUUAUGAACCAAGCAUUCUAUGUGGAAGAAAUUUGUAGACAGUUGAAGGACGAAGAAACAUAUGGAAUGCUUAAGAAUAAUCCAGAACAGAAUAUUAAGAAAAAGUUAGUCAAAUUUUUGGAUCAAGGUUUACAGCAGGGAAUUUUGACUAGGGAUGAAUAUGGGUUUUUUAAUAAAGAACAUACCAUUAUCCCCGUGAUCUAUGUUCUCCCCAAAAUUCACAAGGAUCCUGUACAACCUCCAGGGAGACCAAUUGUGGCAGGGGUUGACUCUUUAUCACCCCUGUCACAAUAUAUUGAUAUUCUGUUACAACCCCUUGUUAUUAAAACUAGAGCUUAUUUGAAAGAUUCCAUUAAUCUCCUUCAGAUUUUACAAAAAAUAGACUGGAAAGAGGAUUACUUUCUCGUUACUAGCGAUGUUAGUAGCCUUUAUACAGUCAUUGAACAUCAAAAAGGAUGUAAGGCGGUGGAAUAUUUCCUGAAAACAUCAAAUGCAUUUAAAGGAGAACAAAUUGAAUUUAUUAUUGAGGGCAUUGAAAUUAUCCUACAAAACAACUUCUUUUGGUUUGAGGGGGAUUUUUAUAUUCAGAGGAGAGGUACCGCCAUGGGGACCAAGUUCGCGCCCAGUUAUGCUAAUCUUUUUAUGGCAUUUUGGGAAGAAUCCUACAUAUAUGCUGAACAUGACUGGGUGGCGAACUUGGUCCUCUAUAGGCGGUACAUAGAUGACAUCUCUUUAAUAUGGAAGGGAAGUAAGACAUCACUGGAUAACUUUUUAAUUUUUUUUAAAUUCUAAUUCUUGGGGUAUUAAGCUUACCUCGGAAAUAAGUAAUCAAGAAGUACACUUCCUAGAUUUAAAGAUCUUUAUUGAUAAUGGAGUUGUUAAGACUAGUACUUUUUUUAAAACUGUUGAUGUCAAUAGUUACAUCAACAGUGAGAGUUGCCAUUUUAAAUCUUGGCUUUCAAACAUCCCUAAAAGCCAAUUCAUGAGAAUAAAAAGGAACUGUACGGAAGAAAAAACAUUUUUAGAACAAACUGAUAUGUUAAAAGAACAAUUUUAUCAGAAAGGAUACAAAAAAGUUGAUGUAGAGGCACAAUUGGAGGAAGUUUUAACUAAGCCCAGAAAAGACUUACUAAUGUAUAAAAAGAGAAAAGAAUGCACACAAACAAAACAAGUGUCUUUUAUUUGUGACUAUAACUCACAGAGUCAUAUUUUUCACAAAGUUUUAAAAAAACAUUGGUAUAUUCUUAAGCAAAAUGAAGAUCUUUGCGAAUAUAUAGGAGAAAAGCCGAAAAUAAUUUAUAGAGGCGCCAAUAAUUUUAAAGAUAUAUUGACCAGGAGUUAUAUCCCUAAAAGACCCCUUAGAGAUAAUGAUCUACAAGGAAAAAAAUUACAAGGGUUUUUUAACUGUGGGAACUGUAGGGCGUGUAGUAUGAGUAAAAUCAUAAAUAAAAAAACUGAGAAAUUUAUUUCAAAUAAAACACAAAAAGAAUAUACAGUUAAAGACUUUAUAACAUGUAACUCAAACAAUGUUAUUUAUUUAUUAACAUGUAUCUGUGGACUGACUAAAAGUCAGGAUCUGUGAACAUUUUAGGAAUGUACAAAAGGGAGUUCUUAAUCAUUCAGUAUCAGCACAUGUCUAUCAAAAACAUAAUGGGGACACUAAAUGCUUACAUUUCCUGGGAAUCCAAAAGGUUCAAAAACCAUGGAAAGGGGGGGGGGACCAUCUCAAGAUCCUGAAUAGAACAGAAAUGAAAUGGAUCUUUGAGCUGGAAACCCUCUCUCCAUGUGGUUUAAACAUUGAUUUUGAAAUGUACAAUUAUAUCUAAUUUUCUGCACACCUGGUGAAUACACUUUUAUUGGUUCCACCUUACUCUUUUAUUAUAUAUUUUAUUAUGUAUCUAUAUAUAUAUAUAUAUAUAUAUAUAUAUAUAUAUAUAUAUAUAGAUAUAUAUAGAUAUAAUUAGUUAUUUGUGGCUAUUAUUAACUUUUGCCUUUUUUAUUUAUUUCCCUGUUCCCCAUGUACAUGUUUUGUACACAUAUACAUGAGCACCUAUGUGCACAUGUAUAUUAUUCAAUUAUGUUUAUGUGGACUUGAGGUUUAGCAGCCAUAUGAACUUGGUAAGGAACUUUUUCGCUGGGUAAACCGGACCGCAAGUGAAACCGGAAGUGCCCCCUGUGAGACGCAUAUUGGAACGCAUGCGAUACCGGAAGUAAAAGGAAUGGAACGCAUGAAUCCGGAAAUCAGACUGUGAAGAGGAAAUCAUCUAGUCUCUGCUGAUUGGUCCGAUGGCAAAGGGGGCGGGUCCUAAAUACCCGCUUUUCCGCGCCAAAAGGCUUUUAAAUGUAUGAAUUUUAUGUAACAAUGUGAACUGCACCUGAGGAAGACGAGAUUGAUCGUUGAAACGCGUUGUGCUGCUAUUUAUGCUGUCAUCUUUUGCUGAUUUUACAAGACCUCAAUGUAAGGUUUUUAUUUACUUAUAAUAAAUUUGCUUUUUAUACUCUCUUAAUUUGAUGUUUGCUUGUUCUACAAUUUACAUAUUCUGAGGAUCAAGCUACAUCCCUGAGAGUAACUUCAAGAUUUGAUCUGAGAUAUCUUAAAGUGAUACUACUUGAACCAGUUUCUAUAUGGGAUCUGACAAAAACUUAUGACCCUUAAAGAUCUUAAAAUACUGGGGUAUUUAUCUCUCUUUGUAUUUUUAUGCACUGAUUGUGUUUAUACUCCUAUAAGAUUUGUGGGUUUGGUUCAUGCGCUGCACACUUUUUCUGUUUUGUACACCGUUGUUUUUGUGGGAUUAUUGUGAUUGUACCCACUAGUGUGUUCUAGCUGCUAUUUAUUUUAGCGCCGCAAAUUGUAUUUUUUCUGUUUUAUAAUUUCUGUUGACGAAUCGGAUAUACUGUUAUGAUACUUGAUACUUUGUGGAUAAGAUUUAAUAUCCAAGAGAAUAUUUUACCACUUAUUUCUCUGUCUUUACAGCCUCUUAUUUGGUUUCACACUAGUCCACAUUGGUUCAAUACACGUUCAAUCAGAGGAUUGCAAGUUAUCCACUAAGUUCCAUUAUUGGAUCAUCUGGCAGUCGCUGUCCUUAGCAUCUAGUUGGUUGUACAUUGCGGUAUUGUUGAGAUGUUCAUCGGCCUCAUUAAGAAAGAAGAUUGGCUGAAGGUCAGAUGGGACAUUAUACUACAAGGAGCAUUCCUAUUGGAUAAGAUGCUAUAGUGUGGUUAACCCGCUAGGGUACAUGUUAACUUUUUUCUUUUGUAUAUUUACAGUAUCCUUUCUUUGCUGCUGAGGAAUAAAGAAAGAGAUAAAGCAUACUAGCCUCCGUGUCCUUAAUAAAAUCAUGACUUUACGUUAUGAAAUUAGUAAAAUCUGGUAAUUCUUGGCACCAGGAUUUUAACCACAUAGAAUGCUGGCUGACUGUGGGUAUUUUUGUGACAGAUAACAUAAGAUCCUCACCCACAGCAUCAUACAAAAAAAUCAAUGUGCCAAAUUGAUACUAUUAUUAACCCCUUAAGGACACAACUUCUGAAAUAAAAGGGAAUCAUGACGACGGAAUAUUUCCGUCAUGUGUCCUUAAGGGGUUAAUAGUAGUAUUGUGAAGUGAUGUUUCCCAAUGGGCAAUCCUUCUCAAGCCACCAUCAAUACAAGCCAAAAAUUAUUGGUAUUUUGCCCAGUCUGAAGACAUAUGUGGUGAAAAGAGUGAGAAGUGAAAGUACAGAGAAGUGAACAAAGAAAAGAUGUUUGUCUCCCACUGCGGGUACAUAGCCACUCCUGUAGGCUACCCUACUAAAGUUGAUUCAUUUAUAUUAUAUUCCAACCACAGGUCCCAGGUUUUUUUUUGAAAGGAGGGCAAACCUCCACGAGUGCACCCUGUCACUGAUCCAUUAACCUACUAAUAAUCGUCUCACUGACAGCUUAAUUCUCUUGCAUAACCUUUGUGAAUGCCACUGGGUCUUGGUCGAAAGACCCAUGGGAAAAAACCUCUCUAAGAAGGGCUCCACUUAUCUCCAAAAAACUAAUCACAUAUGGAGGUAGGAUCAUUUUUUUUUUUAAAUCCGUAGCCUCUCCAACAGAGGUCCGAAGGAAACCAUCCCAAAUAUUUUAUACAUUUGUUCCUGAGAGAGAACGAAUACUGACGCCUUAGCUGCUGCCUUUCUCGUCUUCCCAUGGCAUGCCCUCAAAUUCUCUUCCAGGUCCUCUUCCCAUUGCUCAACAUAUAACAAACUCUCCAAUUUCCCAGAGUGGAAACAGAUAUUGUAGUUAAGGGUUAUUAAGCCCUUCCUCUCACGCUCUUAAAGAAAGUGAGUUAAUUCUCUGCUGUUUGCUGAAUUCCUUCAGAUUAAGCAUAAUUGCAGAGUUGUGUAUAUACAGAAAGUAAUCUCUAUUGUUGGGCAUAGAGCCUUUAUUUCUUAUAACAUAGGUAUACCCACCCGCCCCUCCAAAGAUACAAGUACCUCUAAAUCGCUGUGUUUUCUAGUCCCCUAAAAUUCCAAGACCUAUUUUCUGGUGGAAACAGCUGGUUACAUAAGACUGGGGUAAGUAGCAAGGACAGAGUCACUUUGUUAUCCACUCACAUGUAAAAGGGUGGCAUGUCUGAUUCCCUCAAACCACACACCAAGUUGACCCAUCUCCUCUCAUUUGCAGGUGUAUGUUGCAUGACUCUUCAGGCCAACUUUGCUGCGUAGUAAUCCAUUUCUGCACUCAUGAAAUUGAUUACUACGCAGCAAAGAGAUUGGGGAGCCCUAACCCAUCUGCCAUUUUAGGUCUGUUUAACAUAUUUCUGGCAAAGACAAAUGAACUUGGGCUCCAUUAGAAGUGCAUUCUCCAUGCCUGGUCAGAAUAUGUAUAGCCUGGGUCCAGAAUGUGAAACUAUAGGGGCAGGAGAAGCCUCAGUCCUCGGCAGAGUGGUAAAAAUUCGCUGAAACUGAACCUUUAAGCUCUUCGUAUGCACUUGGCUAUUCUGCCUUAUAAAUCUAAAGAAAAGUGAUAUUUGAAACUGUUCAUGCAAUCCUGUGGAGGCAUAGUUCCAACUUCCAUGAAGUAGUCGACUAUGGUGGUAGUAAAUUGUAGUGUCUGUCUCCUCUACAACAGUCCGAAGAUUCUCCAGCCGAUAUCCAUUACCUCGGCAGAGGGGUGAGGGCCUGCGAUGGCUUGGCAUGUUAAUCUAAGUUCUCUGGCAUGGUGCUACCAUGCGUUGGGUUACCCUGUGGGAGACUGGUUUUAGUUUUGCCCCCUGUAAAAUGCAAGCAGUUUGAAAUGGUACCCCCAUGCAAACAGAACAGGGAAGGUCGGCCUAGGACUUCCAAGCCCUGCACUUUUGUAAUUGGAGAAUGUAGUGGAGCUCCCUGUACCCCUGCCAAGGACCACUUCCUAGCUGGAAUAGGGGAAAACCUCAGCGCUUCUGCCCCAGUCUGGGCAUGUCUGUCCUGGAACAGAUAGGGGAAUAGCUCUAUUCCCUCCCAGGGACAGGACGACACACAGUCCAGGGAUCUCUAGUCCUUACAAGGACUUUCCCCGACUGAAUCCUCCACGAGCUGGAACAAGGUGCUAAGCAGUGAUUAUAGCUCUUACACUCCCAGUAACUAAACGACACAUAGCAACUAAUUUUAAUGAGCCAAACUUUUAUGCACAGACCUCAGCAUGGGGUCUCCAUUGUAUUCAGCACAAGCCCCUCCAAGCAAUCUCUGGGCCUGGGAGAUAAUUGCAUUAAAGCCCGGUAAGAUAAUCUUCCAGGAACAGAGAGCCAAACACAAAAAUAUAAAAACAUAAAAGUACCCCAUAACAUAAAAUAACCCCACAAAUAAUACAUUCCCAUAUAGAGCUCCUGCAGCCGCAAUAUGAGGUGCACCGGCAGGCUCUCGGGUAGUGUUUUGUCCCCUUAGUCUCAGGCACCUUCCCUCCAAAAAGCGCUGUCCUAGCGCAUUUCAAAGUGGUUCAAAACCGCAAACCAAAUUGUCCAGGAACCGCACGGUCACCUCAUGCCGAAAACUGUUUCAUAACAUUCGUGGCUAAGUCCCUCUGAGGUAACCAGGAACCCACAAAGUCCUCAUGCUGAAUUUAGUUUCAUAGUGGUCCAUACACCCCGGGAACUAUUCGUGGGUUUAGUUCAUGCGAACGGCCGCCAGAGAACCAGUGUUCGGUUCUAUUCACAUGAAGGGAAAGUGCCGAACCAGGGGCAUCCAGGGAAAGCUACUAGUGGGGGCUGGGCAGGGGAACUCCCAAACGGUGUCCCAGACCUGGACCAUAGUCGUUGGGCAGGAGGCCGGCUUCUACACUCCUCCAGGAGUCCGUGGCAAACUUACGUGGGAAGGAGCAUUUGUCACAGAGAUAAAUCUUGGAAAAUUGAGUGGCUUUCGCUUAUAGGGCUUUAUUUGCCUCAGCACCAUUUCAUGGUCGUAUCUCUGGUAUAUUAAUGAUGAAACUUUACUAUGACUUCUCAGGGCGGCUAACCUUCUCCUCUGUGCACUUGUAAAUUCUCUUACUUAGCCUCUGGAAUCUUUGUCAGCAGAGGUUGGAAUGUGACCAGAAUCAAGGGGCCUAGCAGUCCCUCUUGAGCGUUUUCUAGAUGUUAUUCUGCUGUGCGACUUGCCAAGCCUUCAAGGAGCAUUUCUGCCUCAACCAACCUAGCAUGGAUAUUGUUGGUGUGAGCAAGUGAGUUAUUAUGGGUGAUCACCACUGCUUCCACUCUGACCUAAAAACUCAGCAGUGCAGGUUUACCAACCCCUGUAUUUCUGCCUUGACUUCUGCAGCACUGAACUCUAUUUCUACAGCCAAAUAGGAGGGAUCCACACUAAUCUGAUGUAACAUUCAGGAGGUAUAGUCCAAGUCCGAAAGAGCUCCAAACUCUGCACAACUGUGUGGGCUAGUUGAGGUGAUGUCUUAGGAGGCCACUGGAGUUCGACAAGCAGCCUGAAAAAUGUGGGCGACUUGUGGUUCUGAAGUGCCCUUGGUGCCUCGGCCCUGUCACUUUUGUCUUAAUUAAGUGCUCUGUGUGUAGUGGCCCACAAUUUAGUCCUGCUAUGUAAAACGCCAUUUUGUAGAUACGGCAAUGUCUUCAUUGCAAGGCUAAACAGUGCUAGUGACUGGCACUAGAGGGUCCUUCAGCUAUAACAGAGCCAGACUAAUUUGUGACUUUCGAUGUCCUCAUAGAUUGCCCAAGGACUGUGAACAUCAAAUGCAUUUGAUUGGGCGAGUGUGGCGUAUUCUGUAUAUGUGCUCUCCGUCCUUAAUGCUUUUACUCUUUGCCUCUAUGAGAAGAUGAAGAGGAGACCACUCCAGGAAGAUGGUACUGGAGGUGAAGUUGGCAACUGAAUGGAAUGAGUCGCAGUACUGGAAAAAGUUUGGUAAAAUGCUUGUGUUUUAUUACAUUUAUGGGCGUUGGGGUGGGGGCAGUGAAUCUAAACGGAGUAGAACAUUAUACGGUUAGGAAUAUGUUUGUAUUCCUAAUGCUAUAGUGUUCCUUCUUAAUCCGUCUAUUCUUAAAAUCUUAAUCGUAUGUAUUCAUAAAACAUUAUUCCCCAAGGUGUGAAGGAGUGUGGCUGUUUUAACAGUUGACAGAGCCAUGUGAGUGGGCAAUAAAUGUUCCAGGCCCUUAUUAAAUCUCAGCCUGCUUUCCGGUACUGUUGAAGGUCUUGUCCUUUGCACAGUUAACUAAUUAAAUAUUUCCAUACUCGCAUUGGGUGUGUAGGUACAGCUGUAUUCACUCUGUAUUGUCUUGUGAUUUGGUCUGCAAUAUACUCAGCCAUGGGUACAAUGAGAUCUAAGAACUGGAAAUAUUUCAAGAGAAACACAUUUUUCAGAACUAAAAUUUUUUGUUUCCAGCACAUACAUUACUAUAUAAGUAUGACUGGCGACCAAAACAGUUUAAACAAAAUUUUACCCAUGAUCUUUCAGCAAAUUAAAAUUGUGUUGAUAUACGUAGUUUAAGAGUUCCAAUCUCUUGAUACUUUUUUUUUUUUUUUUUUAAGUAUCUAUCUUGCAUGGAAUAAAAAAAAAUUAAACAUUUGAAAAAUGUACGUGCCUCCCACUCCUCCCUUUUCAAUUUUUUUUUUUAAAUUGAGUAUGGAAUAUGUUUUUACAAUGAUAAAUGUUUGACAUAGGGUACAUAUAUUUAAAACUUUGAGGGGGCGGAGGUCGGGCGGCCAUGCUAGCAGGCUGCAAAUCACCACGGCUCCUGGGGAAAUCAGCUAAUAUAGGGCAACAACCCACUAAACUCAGCCGGAAACGCCCUGGAAAAACGUGGCACAAGUUCCUGGAGUGUCCCGGUGCAGCUAGAGCACCUGAAAUCGGGUGGAUCUGGGGCUUGAGGACUGAGGCCUACCCGGGAGGGGCGCAUACGGCCGCUGCCUCGCUCUCCAUCCCGGCUACAGUGAACAAAAACGCAACUGGAGCCCUCCCUAGGCGACUUGGCGCCGACCGCCAAUGACUGCCAUGAGGCCUCAACAAAAUGGCCGAACGUGAUGCAACUACCCCACAGGCCACACUGAUGCAGACCCUACACACCACGUAGCCAUGAACAACCCUGGAUUGCAAAUGUGGUGGAGAGGAGGAGAAGGCAACCUACAACGCUACUGCCUAUUCACACUGCAAGCUCAGUGCAAGUCCCAGGCGAGAGCACCUCACCUCAACCUCCUACCACCAAGAUCGUGGGCCACCACUGGAGGAAACACCAUCCACUUACAACAGCUCUGCUACACAGCUACCAGCACCUGGACGCUGUGGUCUGCACAACGCAACACCUAUACUCACCCUACGACUGGGUAACACGACCAUAGCGACCCUUGGAUACUAUACCCGGUUGCGGGCUUUAGGAAACCUAGUGGACUUUGGGUGCCAGUGGAGGAAACCUAUCAACAGCAUGCACAACGCAAGUAACACCAGCUGUCCUACCUCCCCACGAAGUCAAGGAAGGCACAAACCGCGAAACUCACCAUUGACAGCCUCACCAAAGGACACUCUGGCAGCACUCACCGCUACACGGACAUAACCGGUAGUAAUGUCUCAGCCAAACCUGUAACACAUAGCGGUCUUUAACACUCUGACUACCGCAGAUGAUGACCCAAUGUGCCGUGCUCUGCCUGGUGGUACCUUUUCGUAUCUUUAUUUUGUAAUACUCUACCAUACCUUCACUGUAUAAUCGUCCUAGCUAAGCUAUUUGCUAGUUAUAAAUGUCUGACCACAUGUCUGUUUUUCACAUAAUUCUAUUGACUACACACCCAGCCUCAGACUCCAGGCAAUUCCCUAGUUUGUUAGGAUGAUCUAGCAAUUCAGCAUGCUAAUAACCUGUGUCAGUCAUGUCAAUUACACUAAUAUCCUGAUCUAACUAACACUACUCUGAUGUUUCAACAACAACAAAAAAAAGUGCCGUUAAUCUCAUUGCUCCAAAUGUUAUGUCUGAAAAUGUGCUUGAGGAAUGCUAUUGGGGCACCAAGAGCUUGUAUGUUAUUUUUCAUUCACUCACAGCACGAUUAAAAAUAAAGAAUAAAAAAAAUAAAAAAUAAAAGCUUUGAAAAAAUAUUUUAAAAAAGUGUAUAAGGAGAUUUUUAUGAAAGACUUGUGAAACUUUGUGCAGUCUCAAAUCUUUGCAGGCAAAUGAUGGAAUAAAGACAGGCAAAUGAUGGAAUACAAUCCAAAUACUAAAGGUUCUUUAGUAAACUAAAACUUCAAAUUAAAAGUAGAUUGGUGUCUUAUUUGCAAUUCACUUUAAAUUUUCACUUUAGUGACUGUGCAAGAAAAUAUUGAAGAUCCAAUUCUCAGAAAGAAAAACCUGCAUUUCUAUCUCCAGGGAAGCUACACAGAGAGGGGGGGGGUCUCCAUCUUGAUUGUUGUUUCUGUCCCAUUAGAUAGGCCUUUAAUUGAAAGGUACAGAUUUAAAUUCCAUCUGAAUUUUGAAAAUUGAAUUAUAUUUUACUUUUUAGUUUAAAUUAAUUGAAUUGAUACCUUGAUUCCUAUUAAUGUUCUGCUUGAUACAACUCCUCCACCAGCAAUUGCUGCAAAUGUGCAAAUCUGAUUGGAUAAUUAAGAUUGGUCCCCCAGUCAGAUUGUUCUCACAGGCAAGCACUGACCAAUGCUCCUAUGACAAAACUCACCUCAAGAUAACUAGUGUUCUGGUACUAAAAGAGGAAGCUCUCCUGACUAUCAGUUUGACAGUCGGCACUUUUAUCAUUUUGUUUUUAUAGUCUUCUCUUGAAAUAGGGAUUUUAACAAAAUGUCAAAGGGUGGACUCAUAAACACAUGUAAAGCUAAGUGCUGUAUGGGUCUGGAGUGUCUCUUUAUUGGAAAUGAGUGCUUUCUCUCUGUUGAAUCAGUAGGAGGGUUAACGGAGAGAAAAUAAUGUUCUUAGUUUUUAUAUGUUAAAGGGGAACUUCAUUCCCCUAAAAGCACUUGUGCUUUAUGUGUGAGGAGUGUCUUUUUGCUUUUCAUUUUACACAUUGGUAAUCCUAACGCUUUAGAGCCCUGGUAGCCAUUUAGGCCUAGACCUCAGCCAUAGAGAGUAAAAAAUAUAGUCUGCCUUUUUCCUUUUCAGCACGGCCUCUGCUGCCACCCCACACCCUUGGCUGAAAUCGAGAUUGAUGAUCUGAGCCAAUACAAUGCUUUCGCAUAGGAAAGCAUUGGUAGGCUAAUGUGCAAAAUGUUUCACUGGGCCAAUUAGAUGGUCUCUAUGAGACCAUCAGCUUGAAAUGGCAAUAAUUUGCCUCUAAUGGUUGUCUACAGAACUCUGCUUGGCUUUUUUGUUUUCACUUGCAGGGUUAAAAUGGGGCAGGUGGGAGAUGGAAGUUGUAUGGGUAAGUAUAAUGUCCCUUUAAUGUUGAAUGUAAGGACAUUGCCAGGGGACUCCAGACACUAUAACCACUUUAAUGAGAUGGAGAUGUUAGAGUGCUUUCCUAAUACUCCAACCAAGUACCAGUGCUUUCCUAAUACUCCAACCAAGUACCAGUGCUUUCCUAAUACUCCAACCAAGUACCAGUGCUUUCCUAAUACUCCAACCAAGUACCAGUGCUUUCCUAAUACUCCCACCAAGUACCAGUGCUUUCCUAAUACUCCCACCAAGUACCAGUGCUUUCCUAAUACUCCCACCAAGUACCAGUGCUUUCCUAAUACUCCCACCAAGUACCAGUGCUUUCCUAAUACUCCCACCAAGUACCAGUGCUUUCCUAAUACUCCCACCAAGUACCAGUGCUUUCCUAAUACCCCCUGACCAAGUACCAGUGCUUUCCUAAUACUCCAACCAAAUUCCAGUGCUUUCCUGAAACACUGGUGUUGGUUAGAGUAGCCUUUUAUGAGGCGCUCACCCCCACGUCCCAACUAUAAAUAAACUAAACUUAUUUUGGCUGAAGUCACUCCUCCAGACAAGGUGGGAGAUCAGUGAGGAAGGACUGAUGGGAGGAGUGAUGGCAUGAAGGGGGUCCUGUGCCACCAUUGGCUGUCUAGCACCAGUAUACGGUGUGUGUGCUGGCGCCAGAUGCCAAUUUUAAACAGAAUCGAUAUUAGCAAGUCCUUUGUUUUGGGCUGGCUCAUGACACUUCCAGACGUAGAGUUACUCUCUGUAUGUCCAUCGUUUCAAAGCAGAAAGCUGUACAUAAUCACUUUAAAGUUAAGGCUUCAGAGAUGCCUCCAACACACUGGAAAUUAAUGUGUUGGACACACAUACGGCGCUCAAGUGAUUAAAUGUAGUAGGAGCUUCGACUGGGGGAAAAAAAAAAAGUGGAAAUGCAGAGGGAUUAAUCACUUGCAUUUUUCCUCCUCAUGUCACUGAAUAGAGAGGCCAUGUUUGAAUAAGGUGAAAUUGUACAGAAACCAACUCUCACAAACAUACCUGCCUGCGUUCAUACCCUUACCGACCGUUCAUGGUUAUACAAAAUGUAAUUGAAACACAAAAUUCUGUGUCUAUGCAUUUGUGGUACAGGAAUUUCAUAGGCCUUGUCAUAAUAGGUUAAGACCUGAAUUAUUGAUCCAUGUCUAUAAAUAUUUUAUUUAUAUUUAUUUUACUCUGGGUACCUUGCAGAUGAUACCCUAGGUGCUGUGUGUACACUGUUGUAGUUAUAUGUACAGGGACUUUUUUAUCUUAAUUAUGUGGUUUUAGUGUAUAGAUAAUGACCCUACAGUCUCCAUGUUUAAUUUUAUGCCAUUUAGGUGUUAAAUCACUUUGUUUAUACAGGCGUAGCAACAACCCAUUACAUGUGACUUACACAAACUUCUUAAACAUUCUCUGUAAAGAGAGAACUAAUGUUUACACUUCCUUUAUUGCACAGAGUGUUUAAUUUAGAAUCUUAUCUCCUGCUCUGUUAAAUAGUCUUCUAGAGUCUGCAGGAACCACGUGUGUGUUUGACUAAAGUUCAAUUUACAGAGCAGGAGAUAAAAACUUCUAAAGUAAGUUCUGCAACCAUUAUUUCCAUGAAAGCUGUGUCUGUUACAGCUAAGGGAGAUGUUACUAGGGAUGCACAAAAUAAGUUAUUUAACUCCUAAAUGGCAGAGAAUUAAGCAUUGAGGUUGCAUGGUCAUGAGCUGUACACCAAAACCACUUCAUUGAGCUAAAGUUGCUUUGGUGACUAUAGUGUCCUUUUAAAGCAGCAAACACAAUAUCAAUAUCUGUAACUUUUUCCUUUUCUUUUCUUCUUCUUUUUUUUUUUUUUUUUUAAUCCUAGGAUCAUCCUGUGUUCUCCCUGGCUAUUUCUAGAAGAAACUAAUGGCGUCAUCGGCCACUGUGCCUAUCGGGUUCCACUAUGAAACACAAUAUGUCGUGCUCAGCUAUUUGGGGUUCCACCCACAAGACCUUCUGUCAGGUGAGCCCCUCUCCAUCAAGUCUAGUGAAUAAGUCUUUUGUGAAUAUCUAUUCAGCAUGCUUUUAUCACUUACCAGUCUCUGUUUUUACAGGAUGUAACUGUUUAGUAAAUGCUUAUAGCAACCUUAAGAGGUUAUAGUGAACCAUUUACAAAUUUUCACCUAAUUGGGGACUUCAUUUACAUAAUUAUUCAUCUGAUUAAAGUGGAACUUUCUCAUUGGCAAUUCUAGUGCGCAGGGGCUGGGUCUCAGGGGCCUCUGUUUUCGUUCUUUGGUUUUUGAGCACCUUUGGUCACCAUGUCCAGUAUCACAGCAUGUAGUGGUUAUGCUUUGUAGACUGCCCAUUUAAACUUAAUAUGCAACCAAAAAUUACAAAAGUUUUUUUUUUUUUAUGACAAUCUUUAUUUAAAUUUUCCGUGUUUUACUUUUUUUCUUUUCUUUUUAUUUUUCUCCUUUAUUUUUCCUUUCUUAUUUCUCUGUUGUUAAACUUAUUUCACUGUGCGACAUCAAAUCAAUGCACAUAAAAAAGGCUCAUGAGUGCUGUGAUAAUCGAAUCAUUAACAGUAGUAGGUAGAUAUACAGCCAGAUUGUCCGAACCUUUGUUGUGUUUGUGGGUAGCAAUCCCCCAUCGAUAAACAUGUAUCGGAGAGUGGAGAAGACAGUUGAGAAUGGGGGGGAAGCAAGUGGAAGAUUGGAGGGAGCAGAAAAGGUGGGAAAUAGGAGACAAAAGUUAAAAAAAAAAAAAAAAUAGAGGGAGGGGGGGAAAUCUGGCACAAGCUCUGGUUGUCUUUGAGAGUCAGUAAUUAGAUUUGUCUGCAUUUAAGUUUAAAUCUAUACUUUUCUGCUAAACCAUUUUGGGUUUCUCUGUUGGCAGAUGACCAUUAAUGUGAAAUUAAAGAUUGAACCAAGCUUUGAAUGGUUUUUAAAUUUUUUUAUUUUUUUUUAAAGAAAUGUGCAUCUGGUAUUUAUGUGUGUUCCUCUGCAUAUGCAUUAUUGCAUAUUUUGUGCCUAUAACUUGCUCCACUUCAAUUAAUCGAUGUAGACCCAGUGUGGUUCUGCAUUUUGCUAGCUAUUGAUGUUCCCCUGCUUCGUAUGUUAAGAGAGCAAGGUAACAUCUAACUUUACAGCAGUUAAGGGAUUGCAUGCGGUCUGUCCCUUCUGGUUUAGAGAUACUGUGUUUACUUGAAUCUACUACGCACUUCAAUUUUUGAAACCGGGAGGCCAAAAAAACGUUUUCACUAGCGAAAGUUAUAAGCAUUUGUUCGAAAAGAUACUGUACACAGAAACCAAGUCUCGCAUCCCUGUCAUAGCGAUGCGAAUUGCGCACUAUGGAAAAAAUACCGAUAUUUUAGUGGAAAAAGGUAAAGGACCGUUUCAUAAUACCAUAGCCUACAGAUGUUCAGUAUUAAAUUCAAAACAAAUGUUGCACAUAUGAUGGCUCAGCCAGCUAUAGUCUGCAUAUUUUUUCUUUAUGUGGUAUUUUAUAUUUUUUGGGAAACCAUGGCAAUAUGUAUAGGUGAUAGCAGGUACAAACAAUAUUAGUGUAAAUAUAUGUGACUUUGAGUAUCCCCACUGCCACCUCAAAAAUAAAAUAAAUGUACACUUAAUGCCAAUUAUUUCAGGCAGAUGUCUUCGCAAAAACCUGCAGACUAGUGUCUGCUGUUUGGUAGCGACUCGUAUAAACAAAUAUAACUUUUGGCCCACACAGCAUGUUUCUGCCUCUUGUUACUAACCAUAAUAUAGAACUUCUAGUGUUUCUUUAGCCAGUAACAAACAAGCCUUUCUGUGCGUAGCAAAGCACCCGGCCUGUGUUCCCCUGUGUUUUACGCGUGGCUUCUGAUUCUGUCUGACAGGCUGUCGAGUGAAAUCAGGCUGCGCAUGAGGCCUUCCCAGCCUAUCAUCGAGCUAUGUGCUCUCUGCCUCAUUCUGAGCAUUUUACCUUCUGUGAAAUAUGACAGUCUAUGGCCACCUGCUGCAGCUACAAUUUUAAUCAUCAGCUUGUUUGUAUGUGAACACGUGUGAUACAUAGGAAUGGCUGUAAAGGUCACUGGUGUUCAGUAUAUAUGUGCAGCAAGCCAGAUAGAAAUUUACCUUUUGACAGUCUCUGCCAGGAAAUAAUUUAUUCUAUUAUCUAUUUUCCCCCCCUCUGCCUUGAAUUUACAUUCAUUUUCUAGAUCAUCAGUGGUUUUUUUGGGGGGGGGCAGGAGGGGGCUUUCUAUAGUGAUCACUUUUAACAAAAUAUUGUAUCGUUGCCCUUGUUAACAACAUGUUGGAUCUGUUCAGUGUUCUAGCAGAAUCGCUCCGUGAGGUCAGUAGAUAUUAAUGAUUUAAGAAUGGUUGCUCUGUCUCCUUUUCAUCCGUGGGGUUCAUAUUUAUAAAGAUUUUUUGUAUGUUUAGGGGAGUAAAACCUUACAGAACAAAAGCAAAAUCUAGUUUGAUGUCUUAAUUUCAGAAUUGCCUAAAAAUCCCUUAAUUUGUAAUAACAAAAGAAAAUGCCUUUCUUUUUACUGUGUUGAGAAACGUCACAGGUUUAUUCACUUAGGGACACUUCACCGCCUAUAUUCUAAAAAUAAAAUCAGUAUCACUAGUGCCACUGAUUAGUUGAUAGUGGUAAGCUAAUGCUCUUAGCCCAUCCGUUACUCCCCAUUCACAAACCUGAUUUGCAAAAGGUAAGUUUUUUUGCAAGCCAGUUUUGUGCAUGGGCAGUUUAUGAUUGGCUGAAAGUGUCAGCUGACCGCUAUCAGCUAAUCAGCAGUGCCCCUGUCCAAAAUCACUUUGCACUUCCUGAAACUGACAUUUCAGAAGCAACAGGCCUACUAGGAGGGAGUUCAGUUCGGUGCUGGAAGCAACUUCGAAUUAAACCCAUUUAGGUAAGAGUGCACUUGGGGGCCUCAUUGCACCAUAACUAUAGAUGAAUUGUUUUGGUGCCUGGAGUGUUCCUUUAAGCACCACUGGUCUAAAAAGUACCCGAAUGAGUUUCUUAUAAUUGGAAUCUUUUGUUGCAAUUGUAUGUUAAUCUCCUGCUUAUGUUAGCUCUUCUCUAAUGAGUGUGCUAUUGGGUAAUUUACAUAGGCACUUAAUCCUAAAUGCUCACAGGCUUUAGUAUAACACAACAUUUUCUACAUGAACAAGGCAAGUUAAAUGGCCACAUGCAUUGUUUACAAAAGAAGAGAAGUAGUUGUAGUUCAGCAUUCUCUGGAGAAUUACAUUUCCUAAAAUGUUUCACUUGCAUUUGGACUUUCAAAAGCCUGGGGAGUAUUAACUGGGGUUAUAGUUUUCAAUUAAGAUAUGCAUAAAUACACACUUUAGUUGUGCUGGUUAUUAUGUUGGUGAAAACCGCCUUUUCCAUUUUAUCCUAUUAUUUUUUAAAUAUAUUUUAAGUUUCUUCAAUUAAAACAUAAAUGGCAGUCCAAGUAGCAACCUCUGGCAGCAAUACUCACUUGGGAUUUUACUUGUGACUCUUUAAAGGUAAUUUUGAAAGCUCAUAUAAAGUGCUUGGUAUCUUCUGAGAUCAUUACUGAAGUCAGUCAGUCUCUCCCUGCUACUGCUAUGUUCAUGUGAUACAAUACAGAUUAAUUGAUCUCCAUUUUGCAGGUGCCCAGCACGCUGCAACACCUCCCGUAGCCAAAGAGCAGCUGGAAAAGAUUAAGAUAGAAAUAGAGGAGGAGUUGAAACGGCUGGAGGAUGAAAUAUUUGCUGGUAAGGUUGUUUUGCUUGUUUAUUGUUUGUGGGGAAAUUAUUAGUUUUGUUUUUUACUCUUGUUGAUCAAGCGAGCAGAGUGGACCUGUUUCAGCACUUAUGUGAACACUAUAGUCACCAGAAAAGUCACAGCUUGAUGUAGUUCUUCUGGUGUCUACUGACUGUCUCUGCUGGAUUUUUUUGCAGUAAACACUGCCUUUUCAGAAAAAAAAGCAGUGUUUACAUUACUGCCUAGGACACCUCCAGUGGCAGUCACUCAGACGGCCACUAGAGCUGAUUCCUGGGUCACUGCUGCACAACCUGGAGGUGCAGAAUGUUCCCCAUAGAGGAUGAUGUUGGAGAUGCUGAUUGGUGCAGCAUUUUGCCACCCAUGUGCGACAGCCUUCAAGGUGAGGAGGUCUGGCCACCUUAACAGAGAUUUUAGUGCUAUAGUGUCAGGAAUACAUGUUUGUAUUUCUGGCACUGUAGUGUUCCUUUAAAUAGGCUGGUGGUGAGAUAUAAAUACCAGAAACCUUGGUCAGUGUCCUCUGUAGCUAUGUUAACUUUAAUAGCAGACCUGCAGGAACAGUUAUGGAGGGUGCAAAACUCAGUGCUGUCCCAGCUCCUGUAGUUGGAGUGUGUGAGGCUGGACAGGAAGAGCCCCCUAGUAAUCUUUCCCACAGGGAAUGCAUUUCAGGAGGAGCAGGGAAAGCUCUGUGAUGCACAUUAUAUAAGAGCUACAGCAGCCCUGAUAUAAAUCUGAGGAGACUGACUGGUCUAUAGAAGACACAGAAGUGUGAGCACUUGGCAAAUAACCUUCAAUAUUCAUGUGUACUAAAUUCCCCUUUCCCCAAAAUCUAAAUAAACCAUUUCCUUAGUCCUAGUUUAAGCACUCAAAGCCUAAACCUGAAAACAAAAUCUUUACAUUAAUCCUAUCUUUUACUCCUGUGUACCCAGAUAUUACAUCUAACCCCACUGCAACUCUAAACCGAAUAACCUGUAUAAUCUGUACACCAGAAAUGUGCACAUACACAAAUCUGACUAAAUGGUUUUUUUCAUUAUACUUACUUUAUAUACCUUUCUAUUUGGGUUGGAGACCAGGGAGGUGCCCUAAAAUGAGUGCAUUCACGCACCAUUUCUCAAAACCACAUUAAUACACUUGAUGCUUGUGUCCUAGAAGAAGAUUUACAUGAUAUGUCUUAGAGAAAAUAUAUAUGGCAUCCUAAAUAUGAUUUUGCAAUCAAUUGUAAUGUCAUUCAUGAGAGCAUCAUUUCAUAUUUUUUUUCUGUAGUUUUGUUGAUGAUAUGCUUUUUAUUUUAUUUUUUAUUUUAUUUUUUUAGCCUUCCCCACAACUGGAUUUGACAUGCACACCUCCCCAGUCUUCAGCCCAGCCAGUCCUGAAAUCUCAAUUGAAGAAUGCCUGUCUCAACUUUCUGAGAAAUUGUGUCUAGAGAUCCAGGAGCCACUGGAUAAAGCCACGGAACAGCUCCUGAGUGUGUAGGUUUCCAUGUGCUGUAUGUGAUGGCCUAGACCUAGAGGAUGUACUGUAGGCACAUCUAUAAAUAUUCCGUAUCCCAACAGCCACCCCGAAAUUUUAAAUACAAUUAAUAAGAAUUUAUAGUUAUCCUUUCAAGGAAUACUCCAUUAAAAUGCAUAUCCUCUUUCCCCCUUUUUUUUUAACAAUGUUAACAAUCGUAAAUCUCCCCCCUCCCCCCCAUAUCCUCAUUAAGCGUGCAUGCAUUGUUUAAAGCAUGUUUUCUAUCGGAGUAUACAAAAGUAUGCAGUAGCGGUAGCUUUUGCAAGCCCUCCCCUUUAUCCCCAGCACAUACUUUCAGUCAUUCAAAUGUGAGUGCAUCUUUCCUAUGCUUCUCAAUGAGCUGUAAUACAGCUUAUUAAGAAGGGGGAAGGCAGGAGGGCAUUAGGACACUUCAGCAAGCUGGAGUACUUUGUGUGUGGAGUGUUCCUGAAUUAAAACAAGCACGGAAAGGGAAGUUCCCAGCUAUUUCAUUUAUUAUUACAUGCAGAAUAAUUGAAUAAGAUGUUCAGAAUGGCUGUAAUCAUUAUUAUUUUUUUUUUAAAUCCAUUUUCUAGUGCAGGGGUAGGCAACAUUUUAGUAGUGCUGUGCCAAAACAAGGUCUUGAAGUCCCUUGACGUGCUGGUCCUAUUUUGUUUUUUUAAAUUUAAAUUGAGGUGUGUGUUGCUGUAUUCUGCUUGUUAUUUAUGGGUUCUGCAGUUUUUUUUUUAGUAGCAUUGUAUUUGUGGGGACUGUGUGUUUGGCUGUUUAUAUUAUUUGUAUGAGGGGUAGGCUUCUUUUACAGCUCUGUAUAUAUCUAGCAGUGUGGUUGGCUUGCCUGGGGUCCUGAGUGGACUAUGCUGGCCAGGUGCAGGUCAAGGGCAGGAGCUGGGAUGACUGCUGUGAAGUGCUCCUGUACAUAUUCCCAUUAACAAGUGCUGGGAGGAAGUGAACUGAGAUCACGUCCUCUAAGUGCUGCAGUGUGUAAAUUGAGGAUUGUCCCUCACCACCUGCAAUCUCUGCCAUAGGUUGCCUUUCAUCCCUGCUCUAUAAGUAAGUAAUCAACACAUGUAUCCUUUGAUCUAUCCAAACUGUGUGGUCCAUUGCAAUGAGUGUUAAGCAUCCCUGAUCUCCAGGUCAGUAUUGGAACAAAGGGAAGAGAACAUAUACUGAAAGUUAGGAACCUAGAAUUGUCCCAUGACGCCUCUUGUUAGUAAGAUAUUUCACUGUUACUACAUUCAUGCAUUUAGCUAAACCAGAAGUGCUGAUUAUUUGUUUCAGGCGUGUGUUUCUGUAUACAUCUACACAUGUGUAUAUUUUAUUAACUAAUAAAAUUCCUCACUAACAAGUAAUGCUUGUUAGAUCUGUUCUUGUUUGUUUGGUUGUCUCUAGUAUAGGAGGGAUUAGUUAUAUGAAACAUUAGCUAAAAGUAGCAUUGUUCUAGGUGGGCUCAAUAAAAUUGUCUUUUAUUCUAACAGGAACUUAAUAUAUGCUGUGUUCAAGAUGGAAGUAGAGACUACUGCCGCAUACACUACUGGCUGGAAUAAGGUACCGGUAUUUAUUCACUACUCAGUAGCUUUCUCCUACUGUGAUGUUGGUAUCUCAUGUUUAUGAGCCUGCUUAUGGUAAUGCAUCAAAUUUAAUUGACAUUUUCAACAUAUAACAUGUAGGCAGUUAUCAAUGGAUCAUUUUAAUUUAUUAAAUUAUAGUUUUAUUAUAGUUUUAAUUGCUUCCCUUGGAGGGAGCAAAUACCGAGUGAAACCCUAAAGAAGUUCAUUUGUAUGUUGUAAGUCAAAAUGUCACAUUUUAUGUUUUAUCAUAAUGCCAGUAUGUUAGUCAUUUACUGAACACUUAAUGUGUUUUAAUUUUUGCCAUAGUUAAUACUACUAACUACUAUUGGGGGAUUGCUCAUUAAGUUUGCUUGGCAGGUGAAAUUUUGUGUUGGCAACCAGUGCUAGGGUGGUAUUAAGUGCAAUAAAGUCUCAGCUGCAAACACUUCACACUAUAUGCAAAAGUUAAAAAGCAUAAACCAAAAUUUGUGCUGCGCUAGAAACCUUUAAAGUACAGAAAAUACCAUAAAAUAAGUAUUUAUACAGAACUGUUUUCUUUGUUCCAUAAAAUACAACUUUUCUAAAAGUGUGUAAAUAUCACACAUGUACAAUACCUGUAUUAUUAAAUGUUUCCUUAUUCCUCUGUAAUAAAAAAAUAAACAAAGUACACAAAUCCAUAGUGCAUACGGGUUUAAAAAGCUUUCUUUUCCCAAUCCCCUAAAUGGUGCUCUCACAUCAGCCAGAGUCUGCUUGACCCGGCUCUAGGUUUCAACAGCUUCCAGGUAGAGGGCUGAAUACACGGAUCCUUAUGUGGCAACUGCAGCAAUAAAAUAGGCUAAAAGGAGAAAAACAGAGCGGCUCCAAUAGUGUUACACCUUUUUAAUUCAAAUCCACAGUGCUAAAAUCAGAAUUUUUUUGGGGGGCAUAAUGAAGAUAAGGCCCACAAAAAGCACUUUUGGUACAAGUUCUGGUUCAGAGCUGCCGUUCAGAGAAAGGCUUUGUGACUCUGACCACGUGGAAUAAUAAAUCUCUCCCCUUGUGAUGCAUUUCGCCCAAUGGGCGUCAUCCAACAACGGUUCUUUGCCUUCUCCUUAUGAAAAGAGGGCUGCUCCUUUUUAUUCCUCUGAUUGGUUCUUGUACUCUGAACAAUGCCCGCAUAUUGCAUCUCCCCAAAUUAUAGCUAUUAAGAUUGUGUGUAAUCUCAUUAAGAUGUCAGUCUUUCAAACAAAGACUGUGUCUAUUUCAGCAAUAUUAGUAGGCUAACUGAAUCGCUUAACAACCGAGGAAUAGAUGGAUCAACCAACAAACAUAAACAGUAUGUCAGGAAAGCUGCAUAACUAAAAAAAAAAAUCUGAGGUUUUCAUAUGUAUAUAAAUUCUCUUCAAACAGCACAUGUAUAUCAAUAAUCCCCAAAAUGAGAUGUAAAUUAAUUUUUUUUUUUUUUUGAAGAUUGAGAUAUGGAUGUAGAUUUAUAAAAUUUUGGUAAUUUAGAUUAGACUUAAUCUGAACUGAUUUAGGGGUUUAAGUAAUCUACCUACCCCAUAACCCCCCCCCCCACCCCCCCCCCUCAAAUGGAUUAUUUAUAUAUAUAUAUUUAUUUAUAUCAUUCAACCAGAUGUUUAACCAGAAAAGGUAGAUUUAGCAUUCACUAAAUUUCCAAAUAUGUUCUGGAGCCUAGCUGUUAUUAUUGUACAGCAUAAUUGUACUAUUUUAUUUUUCAUGUAUUUUUUUUUUUUUUUUUGACCUCUGAAUGGCUGAGCAAACCUUGCCCCUCAACAUUUGUAUUGCAUUUGGGGCUGUAACCACUAUCUCAUUCACCUAAGUUUUACCAAUGCAGUGUUCUACUUCCUCGCUGCACACAUUCUGGUGUUCCAGUGAAGUAAAAUAAUUGGGCCCAUCCUUUCCCUCUAGGUCUACAUGCAUUCUCUGCUUUCAACUUGAUUCAUUUGAUUCAUCUGUCCUGCGGGAAGUAGGGUGCAUGCAGGUGUUUCUCUUAUUAAUCACCAUUUCCAUUUAACUAUAACAUUGAAAAAGUGAGGUAAUGACUAUGGGAGUCUGAAUUUUGUCCACAUAGGCUAAAGUUUUGAAAAGUGUAUUUGCAUUUCUCAUUAUUACUGAUUGCAAAUCUAGUUGAAACUGUCAUUGUUACUGAAUGAGCAGAAUUUAGUCAGUACCAUUCGUCCAUUUUCACAUGCAAAUGAUAGAUAAAAUAUAGCAUUGGCUUAUUUACCCAACACCAGUUGUAUACCAGAUUUCUACUAAAUCUUGCCUAGAAGCAUGCAAAUCUGUUAAAGAAAUCCACUUUCUAUUUGACAAGUAUUUAAGUCUGGACUUUUUACCUGUUGCAGCACUAGCAGCCAGCAGGCUAAUACUUGCAAAAAACCUUGACAGUUCAAAGGUUAAAUGUGUGGCUGCUGGCUAAUUCCUACUAACCAGCCACCAAAGAAAAACUGGGAGGAGAGAUAUGGGGUCAUUAAAUCCUUCCUGUACUCCCAUCUGAUGGCUGCUCACCCAUUUCCCUGAGUAAUAUCUUGGUGUUUUCAUUUAACGGAAUAAGGGGGGGACCUGUGUCUGCCCAGUAGUUAAGAGAUUAAAUGGUCACAAAACACUACUAAAAGUACAGGGGGAGGAGGGAACAGCACCAUGCUUUACCUUUAGAAUAGUAUUUCACAGGUGAUGAAUUAUAAUCCUUGAACAUUAGAAUAAACACCGUUGACACCUACAGGUGUACCUAAUGCUAUUAUAAGAGAACCUCCUAUUAGACCUCCUAAAAAAACAGCCAUUCUACAACAGUACAAAACAUUUCAGUAGAGACUAUAUUUUUUUAAACUUUUUAGAAUUCUAGGUUUUGUGCUCCUUUUACAAAGUUAUGCAUCUUUGCAUUAACUGUAUAUGGCAGCACUGCCAUCAAAUACAUCUUUGUGAAGCCCACAAGUACUGGUGUAACACGGACCUGUUAGAAUUAUUGAGGCUGGAUUUUUCUGGCAUUUGGCAGCUGUGCUCUGCAGUGUCCUUGUAUCCUUGAUGUUGAGCUUUGCCCAGUGACCGCUGUUCUUUAUAACCGUGCAGUGCAUAUUUGUGGUGAAUGCUUUCAUUUCUAACACUCUUCCUUUUUCUUGUAAUCAAUAGACCUGUGCUUUUGUUUCUAACAAAUUGGCCUCCUUGAACAUCUGCUUUUAAAAUGGACACAUGCAACUAAUUGUCUCUCCACUGCUCCUGACAUCAUCCGGGAGGCGGGAGUUCUCCCUAACUGUUUCACUGAAUAUUGCCUAGUGUACUGUACGCACAAAAAUAAAGGCUUCUAAAUCCUCCCCCAGAGUUAUAAUCACACAUCUAUUAAGAAAAUUAAUCUUGAAACCUUUAUAAAUGAUCUUUAGAAGCUCCAAUGGCACAGAUAGUCUAAUCCCAGAUCUAGACUGUGAAUUUACAGAUUUUUUUCAGUCUGAGUUCUUGCAAAUGUGGUAUAUACAUGAACUGCUGUGUAAAGUGCGAGUAAAAGGGAACAUCUGUCUGGGGUUACAGCUGACCUCAUUCAAAUGUAUCAGUGUAGAGAUUCAUUGUGGUCAAAGUUCAAACUUACCGGCUCAAUUAACGAUUACUGUAUCUACAGACAAUCCCGAAAUGCAUGCAUAAAACAAAAAUGGCAAAGGCCCAAUGUUUUCAAUAACAUAUUAAACCCAAAAAACGUCUGGGAAAUCAUAAGUAACAUACAAACCUCCACUGUCAAAAUGGACAACCAAACCAUAGUACACCCCCUAGAUAUAGCUAUUGCCUUAAUAAUUAUUUUGUCGGAUGUGCCACCAACUUGAUUGCUAAGCUAACUGAAAUUACCAAAACAGAUAAGGCUCAACUAAAUUUGCAAAGACCUCAUUUAGAGAAACUCCGUUUUAGUUGUGUGUCUGUUAGCAUCAUAAAUAAACACCUUAGUUAUCUAAAAACCAAAAAACAAUGUGGACCUGAUCAAAUCCCGGCAAUAUUGCUGAAGCUCACUGCACCGGUAAUUGCCAAACCAGUCACAAAUUUAAUCAAUGAAUCCUUGGUGACUAGAUACAUACCCAAACUUUGGAAGGCUUCAAGAGUAGUACCAUAAAUGUGGUGACGACACUUUGAUAUCCAACUAACGACUGAUAUAAUUGCUCCCUGUAUUGUCAAAAAUCUUGAAAAAAAUGUGUUGACAUGCAACUAUGUGAGUAUUAUCAACAAUCAAGCUAUUUAACCCCUGAUCAAGCAGGCUUUCGUCCAAAUCACUCAACUACAACUGCACUCUUAAAAGUUUGCAACAACAUCCAGACUGGCAUGGAACAAGGAGACCUAACUGGAGCUAUUUUCCUUGAAUUUGUCAAAACCUUUUGACCCAGUAGACCACAGCAUUUUAUUGCAAAAACUUAAACUCUGGUAUUGGUCAUUAUCUGCUAACCUGAUUUAAGUCGUAUGUAUUGGAUCGCAAUAUGUGUCCAUUUCUGACAGCUCCUCCCUCUCCCGGUCACGUGUGGUGUUCCCCAAGGCACCAUACUCUGCCCCCUAUUAUUCACAUUAUUAAUAUAUGAUCUGCCUAACGUCUGCAAAGCCUCCACUGUACACAUAUAUGCAGACAACACCGUACGCUAUGCUAGCAAACCAAAUUUACUGCAGCUUGAGGCUGUGCUCCAAGACCAGUUCACAGAUGUAGAAAAGUGGAUUGCGGAUAACAAACUUUUCUUAAACACUGUCACAGUGAUCUUUGCAUAAAAUAUUCACAGCUGUGCAUCAAAAAAAAAUCAAAUAGUACACUGACCACAGUUCGUUCUUUCAAAAAUCUAGGUAUGUUGUUAGACCCCAAUCUAUCUUUUGACCUCCACAUAGAAAAACUCUCAUCAAAACUUUAUCCAAAACUUGGUACCCUGUACAGAAACAAAUCCUGAAUAUGCCCCACGGUAAGAAAACAGAUUGAGCAACAAAUGCUCAUGCCGGACUUUGAAUGUGGGGAUGUAGUGUAUGCACCUGCGCCGCAAACCCAACUUCAUAAACUUACAAUGUUGUAUAACUUAUUCUCCCACUUUCUACCAGAAUGUAAUUACAUGAUCCACAAUUGUGACAUGUUAAAAAGCUAAACAGGCUAUCGCUGAAAUCCAGUCGCACCCUCCAUCUUUCCAGCCUUGCGUUUAAGAGCCUUUUUUGGGAUGCUCCCACUCUGCCGCAGUUGAAUGCUCUUCCCAGCUGUUCCCACCUCCUAUAACCUUCGAUCCAGUACCAGCACUUUAUGUAGUAUGCCGCAUUAUGAAAAGAAAGUAGCUCGAUCUUCAUUUUCCUACAGAGCACCGCAAUUAUGGAAUAGCCUUACAGACACAAUUAAAUCUUCAUCCACACUAAAAUUCUCUGUCAACAUAUCUCCGUACAGAAUGCACCUGUAAUCAUGGUAAAUUAUAUUUCUGAAACCAGGGGGCUUUACUCACCUGAACAUGCAUAAAUGGGGUGCUGUUGGGGGCCAAUCUACACUAUACACACGAUCCAGCGCACUCCCUUAUCCACUAAACAGCAACUUCAAUGCUGACCGAUUUUAUUUUUUAAAAAUCCUAAUAGAGACAAAAAUAAUGGUGAUUUAGCUACAUUAUAUGAUCAUACAUUGCAUAAGCCUGCCACAACGUCAAUGUACCCCAUCUUUGGCAGGUCCUACUCUAACAGGCUAAUUUCUGCUCUUAUUAGAUUAACCCACUUACCUGGGGGAAAACAAUUCCAUCUGGGGCUCUCUGCAGUACAAGGCUAAAUAGGACCAUGGAAUGAGGCACCUGUGACCGGUGGGGUGCAAAACCAAGGAGAUUGCUUGACUCAUAUAAUAUUAUAUGAUAUAUGAUAUCAUAUCCGGGGUUUAAACAUGCAUAAAUGGGGUGCUGUUGACGUUGUAGCAGGCUUGUGCAAUAUAUGAUCAUAUAAUGUAACUAAACCCCUGUUAUUUUUGCCUAGAUUAGGUGUUUUUUAAAAAAAAAUAAUAAUUAUGAAAUCUGUCAACAUUGAAGUUGCUGUUUAGUGGAUAAGUGAGUGCGCUGGAUUUUGUUAAUUAUAUUUCUUGUUCUGUGUUAAAUUUGUGUAUUUUAAUAUUACGUUGUAUUUUUAAUAUUCUACAGUACCCUAUGCAAUGUUUGAGGGCCCAAGACAUACUUAAAAACCAAUGAAAUCUCAAAGUAUUUUCCCUUUAAAAUAUUUUCUAAAUAAAUAUAAAGUGACUCACCUGGGCAGUCAACCAAAUUCACGUCCUAAGUUAAAGGCCUUCAAUGACUCUUUAAUCCUCCUACCCCAUGCUACUUUCUCACUUCUGCCAAUUCGUUGUACCACAUUAUACAACUUCUUGUAUCACCUGCUCUCAAUCUGCCAGUCGCUGCACCCUGUCAUACAACUUCUUGUCACGCACACUCAAUCACUGAUUUAGCCAUUAUCUGUACCAUCAAUCCGCCACACGUUCCCCCCAAUGUUUAUCCCUAAAGCUGUUGUUUGAAGGUCUGUGCUCUUGAUGUGGAUGCACUUUUACAAUGGUUUAUAAUUUUUUAUCACUGUGAUCAGUAUUGUUCAUGUUUCUAAAUAGAAUAGUUUUCUACUCUCCUGCUGCAGGUGCUGGUACCACUUGUGCUCUUGCAGAGACUUCUUCUGGAGCUCACGAGACGGGGGGAGCAAACCUUGGAGGUCCUUGUACAACUUGGGGUGCGAUACAUUGAAGAAAUAUCUUCAGACUAUAUUAUCCAGCAAGGAGGAUGGGUAAGUUCUUGAUACCAAAACAACUUUAGCUUAAGUGAGUGGUUAAUGUGUAUAGAUCAUGCCCUUGCAGUCUCGCACUUCCUGUAAAGAGAGAUCUAAUGUUUAAACUUUCUUUAUUGUAAAUUCUGUUUAAUUUAGAAAUUCUUAUCUCCUGCUCUGUUAACAGUCUUCUAGACCCCGCAGGUGCUUCCUGUGUGUGAUUAAAGUUUACAGAGUAUGAGAUAAAAACUUCUAAAGGAAGUUAACAUCUGAUUGAAAAUGAGACCAUUGUUUUCAUGCAGGCUCUGUCAGUCAUUGCCAGGAGAGGUGUGGCAAUGACAGAAACAAAAGUGAUUUAUCUCCUAAAUGGCAGUGAAUUGAGCAGUGAGACUGCACUAAAAUUUCUUCAUUAAACUAAAUUUAAUUUGUCGUCUAUGGAGCACCAUUAACUUUUACCUCUUUCAUGCUGUCAUACAGUUAUUACAAAAAAAAAAAACUUGUUAUUAUUCUUUGUGUUUACUUUAGUUUUGUAAAUAAUAGUGCUUCAACAUGGCAAAAUAAAUGUCUGGUUCCCUGUGCCGAUGUGUCAGAUUAUCAGCAUUGCAGACAUAUCUCAAGUGCUCUUUAAAUUUAUAAAGAAAGAGUAAUAAAGCCACUCCCUCUUAGACGUUACUGUCCUUAUCACAGAGCUUUAAUUAUAGGCAUGCCAACACACCGCUAGCCAAAAGGAAUUUGUUAAACAUACUUUGAGCUCAGACUGUGUGCACACUGCCAGCUUCACCUUCAUCUAUCCCAGAUUACAGGCAGGGAUUAGAGGAGCCAUUCUAUCAAGCUGGUUGCCACUGCACAGAUUGUAAAGUCGCUCACCGAAAACCUCAGAUGAGAGGGGGUUAUUUUUUUAUGGAUUAAGCUGUGCAUGUUUCAGUCCAGUACAGCUGUCACAUGUAGAAAACUCUGAUCCAUCCUAUUCACCUCUGGACUGUUACUGCUAGCUGUUUUGAGCGUUUUAAUAAUCCCUUAUUUUCCCCCCUUGCAGGCCAGGCCCUGCUUUGCAUGUAUGUUAUUAAAUAUUAACUUGUUUUAGGCCAGUGACUGCUCAGCUGUUUGUUCAGUUUUUUUGAAAACCUAAUUUUGUGGCAGGGAUACUUUCAGGCUCGGAGAUAGUUAAAGAACACUAUAGUGUCAGGAAUACAAACCUGUAUUCUGUAACAACAGUGCUGAAGUGGCUGUUUAGUGGACUGGCGCUCCUCUAUGCAGUAAAAAUGUGAUUUUCCUCACCUUUUUUUUUUCCUCAUGCCAUGCCGGUCUCGCAGCGGCUGGCUCUGCCUCCAUGGCUGAGAUCAUGAAUGUUGAUGAUCUGAGCCAAUCUAUGUGAAAGCAUUGGGAGGCUACUUUGCAUACGCAGCAAAAUGAGCGCUCCACCAAUCCGCAUCUCCUUAUAGAGAUGCAGGGAGUCAAUGUAUCUCUAUGGAGAACAAUCAGCACCUCCAUGGAGACAUGAAACACCAGUGUUGCACACUGUGCAGAACUGGACUAGAAAGCACCUCUAGUGGCCAUCUGCGUGGCUGCCACAAGAGGUGUUACUAGCCAGUAAUCUAAACACUGUUUGUUUUUUUUCUCUCUGAAAAGGCGUGUUCAGAGUGACACCAGAACAACUACAUUAAGCGGAUAGUGGUUCAGGUGACUAUAGUCGCCAAAAAGCCUCUUCUUUUUAUAUUUGUGUGCCUUGUAAAACUGGCAGAAUAUAGUAUAACUUGAUUUAUUAAGGAUACAACAUCAUUCCUAUUUUGGAACAAGGUAGAAUAAUUGAACUCUCUAUGAAUUUAAUUAGCUAUAGUCACACCACCGGCUUUAAAAAAAAAAAAAAAAAAAAGUAAAAUAAAAAAAGGAGUGCAUAGUGCUCUUACAGCCUUAAUGCUCCAGAGCAACAACAGGGGAGAUCUAGUCCACAACACCCGCAGUGCUGAAACUUGGUCUAGAACUCUAGACCAAGGUUGCCUAAAAUGUAGAUCCACAUAUGUUUUCCAUGAUUUGCUAUUGUAAAGAACCAUGGCAUUUGUAAUUCUGCAACGUUUGGGAAGCUGCAGUUUGAGCUUUCCUGGUCUAGACUUAUUUGCAUGUUGUGGGAAUAUAACUUCCAUAACCCUGUUGGACCUUUUUAUGAGCCUGAGAAAUCAAAAACAGCCGUAACACGACAGUUACUUUGGAUUGACUGAUUAAUUCCUAAUGUUGGCACUGUGUUCAUUAAAAUAUAAAACAAAACACGAUAUUUAACAUUUCUUCAGCAAUCUUUCAUACAGCAGUUCUGACAGUGUUUUCAAAUGCAGCCUGUUUUAGCAACCAGCAGGCUAAUGUGUCGCAUUGUUUAUGUAACAAGAUUAACUCUACCUGUGCAUAAGAAAAUCUUUUCAUGUGAAGUGGGAAUGCCUGUUUGAGGACUCAUAAGUAGUGAUGUGCCGAACGGUUCGCCGCGGACGGCAAACAUAUGCGCUGUUCGGUCCGCCCCCUAUUCGUCAUCAUUGAGUAAACUUUGACCCUGUACCUCACAGUCAGCAGACACAUUCCAGCCAAUCAGCAGCAGACCCUCCCUCCCAGACCCUCCCUCCUCCUGGACAGCUCACUAAGAAUGCAGCUUCACAAUGAAUGUAAAAUGGAUGCUGUCCAGGAGGUGGGAGAGUCUGGGAGGGAGGGUCUGUUGCUGAUUGGCUGGAAUGUGUCUGCUGACUGUGAGGUACAGGGUCAAAGUUUACUCAAUGAUGACAUAGGGGGGCGGACCAAACAGCGCAUAUGUUUGCCGUCCGUGGCGAACCAUUCGGGACAUCACUACUCAUAAGUAUAAAAACGUGGAACUUCAUGUUAACAUUUUUUCACCGAGCCACGCUUUUCUACUGGAUCUGAUGCAAUGUGCAAAGAUUUGUCAAUGCAAUUAAUAUAUAUGUAGAAAAUUUUCAAUCCCCAGUUUUUUAUUGGAGAAAACAUGCCCUGAGAAUGUAAAUCAAAGAAAAUAAAUGGAAAACUCCUGAACAUGGAAAUACCUGAAUCCUUUAUGUCAACUAUGCUUUUUAUCUGUCUCGUCUCUGAGUCACAUGGCCUCGGCCUAAAAUUAAUCGUAUCCAAAGACAACAAAUUGAGCUUUAAAUGCUAAAAUAAUAAGUUCUGAGCAGUGUAGGUACACUAACCACUAGAUAAAAAUAUGGUGGCUAUGGUGCCCUUAGGCUGUGGUUGACGAUUCAAAGUCAAACAGAAAAAGCUUUUAAAGCGUCCAACCUAGAGUUUUGGUUAAACUAUAAAUGCUUCAGCAGCACUGGGCCACGUACAGGACAAAAAUACCACACAUCCAUCUUAUUGGUUAAAAUACAUAUUUUAUUAAACAUGAAGUAUUACAUUGGAACACAAUGUGUAGAUGGGACCCCAAAGGAAGAAGAUUCUAAUGCAGUUUGUGCCGUACAAGGCACUUGCUUAGAGUUUAGUUAGCCUCCCAGCUUGACUAAGAACUGCAGGUCGGCGCUCACAGCCUAAUGGUACCAUAACCAGUACAUUAACUAUUAGUGCCCUGAGUGUUUCUUUAAGGCUCUCAGUUAGUGUAGAAACACUGUUUCUAAUUCUUUAAAUGUAGGAGCAUCACUCAUGUGUGUCUGUUUCCCUUGUUUAUAAGUAGUUAUAGCCCAACAUGGGAUCUAGCCUCACUCUCUUUUUACAAACAUUGCGUUCUGGGUGAGCAUGAUUAAAAAUUAACAUAUGAGAAACCCCAUAUACUAAAAUAUUACAGGAUUGUGGGGUUUUCAAAUCCUAUUCCAAAGGGGAUUUUAUAGAUGCAGACUAGUUUGGGAGCUACAGAUAUAAAUGUGGAAGUUGUUUUUUUUUUCUCCUCCUCCAAUUUCAUUACACCUUCUGUAGUAUUUGUUGCUGAUUUUUCAGUUCGUGUUUACUGAAGUAGCAAGCUCCUGCAAGAUGGUGUAAGUUGCCAUUAUCUAUUGAUUGAUCUACUCAUUGUUGUGCUUUUUCAUCCUGGCCCUUGCCAACCCUUGCUCUCUGACUUCACAUAUCCAAAUGCUGCAUUUUCCCAGCACUGUUUUGGCAUCAGACGCCUGUUUGCCCUGCAGCUCAGUUAGAGCAUAAACAAAUCUGGGUCGCUCUGCUCGUACACAUUCUGUGCUCGUGCCUGACUCCGUACAUUCGGCUACUCCUGGGUGUAGUGCAGCUGUAUUCAGCUUCCUACUCUUCUCUGGACACUGCAGCAGACCAGCUGCCACAUCUGGUAAGAGCAAGCUUAUUGCUGACCUUCAUCUGUACUACUUCAAAUGGUGGUGUAAUGUUAAGGAUUUUUUAUUUGUUGUCUAAAAUUUUGUAUUCUGUGUUCUGUAACCUGCUUGACGUUGAUGUUAGUGAGAUAACACUUUGACAGCCCCUAUACUCAUCAGUGUAGGUUGUUACAGAUUCUUCUUAACCAGCACGAGCAAAAAAAAAUAAAUGUUUCCCAGUCAUUUAACCCCUCGGUUGAAGAAAGGCUGUCUGCGUUAUGUCGGCCCUACAUUUACUAUUUUUAGAAAUGCUUGUUCUUUCUCCAUGUGUUUGUUUUUGCAACAUGUCAUGUAUUUCAGAAAAAUCUUAACUUUAUUAGUCCUGUAAAAGAAAAUUAGUGACUCCCUGCAAAUUGUUUCAUCAUUUUAGUGAAUUUGUAAAAGGCAGCAUUGGGCAUUUGAUUGGCUAAAGGACAUAAUUUUGUUCUUCUUUUAUUAAUCUCUUCAACAUCUGGGAUCAGUCAUUUCCAACUAUAACUAUAGAGGUAUUCCUGCUGAGUUGCAGUAAUAGGCUUAUGAACUAUUACAUUAGUUGCAUAUAUAUACACAUAAUUAAACGGACUAACAAAUCUAAAGUUUGGAUUUACUUCUUUAAACUCUAAAAUGAAUGGCAGACUACACAGGGUGUCUAUACAUCUUAGUACAGGGUAUAUGAAUAUUUAGUAAACACCUUUCAAUGUUUUACCUUUGUUUAUCUCAUAAAUCCUGUAACUGCAUCUAGCUGGACUCCCCUCCCCCCAUUGUUUAGGAUAUUUUACUAAAAGUGGCAUCUGACAACCCAAUGACAUACAAGUGUACCACAAGGAUGCUUUAUGGCAGGGGUGCUAUAUAACACUUAAUUUUAGCAUUAUGUCAAUAUUACAGUAUAUACUUUGCAUUAUGCGGUUUUCACCUAUACACGCUGAGAAAAGUGAUAGCCAUAAUUAAUGGCUAACAUAAGGUAGAGGUUGGCUGAUAAUGAGAGAUAUAAUUGGAAAAACUGCUGUUCCCAUUGUCACUGAAAAAUAGUUAAGUAUAGCAAAACAAUAAAUAAUCAAAGUGAAUUCAAGGUAACAUUCAAAUUUAAGUCAAAAGUAGCCAAAGUGUGGAGGCACAUCUGACUCAGAGAACUUUCCAAAUUGGCUAUUUUGGCCUUAAAUUUAAAAUUCACUUUGAAUUUUCACUUAAGUAAAUAACCCUGUUGGUAGAAUGUACACAACAGGCAGCUAUAGGUUAACUGGCACAUAACAACAUUCCCACAGGUUGUUAAUCCUUUGAUUGCUAUCCAUGGGCAGGAAUUUGUCUAUUUCUUUUUAAAUAAUUUUGGAGAUCCCAAAACUGUUAGGCUAGUGGCCAUCACCCACGAAGCUCCUGGCUGUUAAGGACAGGGUUAUUUACAGUUUGCCCCUCUAUUUCAUUUAUUGUAUUGCCUCAGGGUAAUUUUGGUCUACAAGAAGCUUUGCAGAACUGUUCUCUGUAGCCCAUUGCACCAUGUUAUCCUGAAUGUAAGAUGUUCUGUGCCACACAUGAUCACAUUACUUUGUGCUAACCGCGAAGAUAUCAACCCAACUUCUUACAUUAUGGACAAGGACUCAAAAUGCGCUGGUACUAGGUUCAGUUGCUGUGUAUAGUUGGGAGAUGUUUAACCUUUUAAAAAUCAGAUGUGUUUAGAUUUCUGGCACUUAUUUGGUAGUCCGUUUCUGAACUACCAGUGUCUAUAUUCACUUAAGCUUUUGGCAGUUUUAUUUUAUUUAGGCACAUUCUUCUUCCUAAAAUACAUUGCAGACUAUUUCUCUGCUGUAUUGUGGUGUUCUUGCUUUGUGUGUGAGUUAAUUUGUUUAUUUCUAUAUAAGUAUUUAUAUCAUGUAUCCAAUGCUCUUUUAUUUCUGUCUAUUUAAAAUAAAAUGCGCUUGUAUCCAGUUUUUGCUUAGUCCUCUCUGUCCUUGUGUAGGCUGCAAUUCUAUGUUAAUCCAGUUUCGUUUAGUUUUUUUUAAUCUAGACCAUUAUUGGACUCAGCCUGCAUAUAAAGUUGUGCUUUCUCUAUGGCACUCAGAAGCCUGUUGUGUUGACAAGACAAAUAAUUGAUAAAAGGUCAUUAACUAUCUCAAUAUAGCUAAAGUGCGCACACCAGAAAGCUCUUCUUACAAAACACCCAUGCACCCACCAAAACGAUGCUUCAUAAGAAGUGUAAAGUAUUUCACAUCUCCUCAAAUAUUUAAAUGAUUUCUGUAUUCAGUGAAUAUUGAGGUGUUAUGAUGGUUACAUUUUUAAAGUGUGUCAGAUAUACAUGUGAUGCAAGGAAAUGCAUUGUUAUAAACCAGUCGUAAAGCCCACGCCUUACUUGUUCUUUUUAAAUGCAUAAAGGAGAAAUGUAAGCUGUUUGAACUCAGUUCAUCAAGCUCAUGGAGAUUAUUUCCUGGCUGACCACUGUAGGAGUUGUAUUUAAUCAGUCUAAGGGCCCCACUUGGAAUACUGGUAUUGAGAUGCACUAAAGUAGACUAUGAAGCUUGCACUGGGCAAAUUGAGAGGCAAUUGAAAAGAGAAAAGAAAGCUCUGUGAGGAAAUUCCUCCCACAUCUGCUCUUUUCAGCUCUCACAAAACCGCCGGGACCUGAUCCUACCCACCUCAUCACUUCUGCUCAACUGCUCAGCUAAUGCUUGCACGGUCAUGCCAUUUUUUUUUUCCAGGGAGAGGAAACUGCUUUGGUACAAACCAUUCUAGUGCAGUUUUUUUGUGUCCCCUCUAACAUGGAAACGUUUCAUGGUCAGUCUCACGCACCAAAUAUUCUCAUAGUGGGCCUGUGUGUGUAUGUGUGUAUAUAUAUAUAUAUAUAUAUAUAUAUAUAUAUAUAUAUAUAUAUAUAUAUUAGAUAUACAGUAUCUCACAAGAGUGAGUACACCCUCACAUUUUUGUAAAUAUUUUAUUAUAUCUUUUCAUGUGACAACACUGAAGAAAUGACACUCUGCUACAAUGUAAAGUAGUAAGUGUACAGCCUGUAUAACAGUGUAAAUUUGCUGUCCCCUCAAAAUAACUCAACACACAGCCAUCAAUGUCUAAAACGUUGGCAACAAAAGUAAGUACAGCCCUAAGUGGAAAUGUCCAAAUUGGGCCCAAAGUGUCAAUAUUUUAUGUGGCUACCAUUUUCCCUCCCCGGUGUCAUGUGACUCGUUGGUGUUACAAGAUCUUAGGUGUGAAUGGGGAGCAGGUGUGUUAAAUUUGGUGUUAUCGCUUUCACACUCUCUCAUACUGGUCACUGGAAGUUCAACAUGGCACCUCAUGGCAAAGAAAUCUCAGAGUAUCUGAAAAAAAGAAUUAUUGCUUCACAUGAAGAUGGCCUAGGCUAUAAGAAGAUUGCCAAGACCCUGAAACUGGGCUGCAGCAAGAUCGUACAGCGGUUUCACAGGACAGGUUCCACUCAGAACAGGCCUCGCCAUGGUCAACCAAAGAAGUUGAGUGCACAUGCUCAGCGUCAUAUUCAGAGGUCGUCUUUGGGAAAUAGACGUAUGUGUGCUGCCAGCAUUGCUGCAGAGGUUGAAGGGGUGGCGGGUCAGCCUGUCAUUGCUCAGACCAUACACUGCAUCAAAUUGGUCUGCAUGGCUGUUGUCCCAGAAGGAAGCCUCUUCUAAAGAUGAUGCACAAGAAAGCCUGCAAACAGUUUGCUGAAGACAAGCAGACUAAGGACAUGGAUUACUAGAACCAUGUCCUCUGGUCCGAUGAGACCAAGAUAUACUUAUUUGGUUCAGAUGGUGUCAAGCGUGUGUGACGGCAACCAGGUGAGGAGUACAAAGACGUGUGUCUUCCCUACAGUUAAGCAUGGUGGUGGGAGUGUCAUGGUCUGGGUCCACCAUGCUGCAGCCCAGUUUCAGGGUCUUUGCAAUCUUCUUUUAUAACACCAAAUUGAACACACCUGCUCCCCAUUCACACCUGAGAUUUUGUAACAUCGAGUCACAUGACACGGGGCAGGGAAAAUGGUAGCCACCAAAAAUAUUGACACUUUUGGCCCAAUUUGGACAUUUCCACUUAAGGGUAUACUCACUUUUGUUGCCAACGGUUUAGACAUUAAUGGCUGUGUGUUAUUUUGAGUGGACAGCAAAUUUGCACUGUUAUACAGGCUGCACACUUACUACUCUUUUUGUGAGAUACUCUUUGUGUAUAUUUAUAAUAUAAUGUUAAACAAAAAUCUGCACACCAGUCAAGUCAUAAGACUUGCUUUUUCCACAGAAAUCCUAAAUUUGCAGGGAUGUUACUACCACAAAGGAUUCUGGGUGGACAUUUGCAAAUUAGUUUAAUAAAGAAUCACAUUUUGCCUCAUUCCAUUUUAAACAUGGAUUCCUUUGAGUCUGUGUUUGCUGUACACAACAGCUUUGAAACAACUUAGGAAAAGAUGCAAAGCCAGUGAACUGCUCGUGGACAGCUGUUUCAUUGUUAAUGCAAAUCAUCAGCAUGAGGUUUGUUACUGGCUUUGCAAUUGAAGCUUGGUAGUGCUUGGGAAGCAAAAACCAAAAAGGUUAUGGUGAGGAAAGAAUUGUGAUUGAAAACCCCUUCCACCUAAAGUCUGUGGAUAGUUAAUACAAUGUUAAACAAAAAUCUGCACACCAGUCAAGCCAUAAGAUCGAUCUCUCUCUCUCUCAAUGCAACACUGAUUUUGUAUCUUUUUUUUUUUUUUUUCCUUUAAAGGACCACUCUAGGCACCUAGACCACUUCAGCUUAAUGAAGUGGUCUGGGUGCCUGGUCCAGCUAGGGUUAACCCAUUUUUUUUAUAAACAUAGCAGUUUCAGAGAAACUGCUAUGUUUAUUAAUGGGUUAAGCCUUCCCCCUAAUCCUCUAGUGGCUGUCUCAUUGACAGCCACUAGAGGCGCUUGCGUGCUUCUCACUGUGAUUUUCACAGUGAGAGCACGCAAGCGUCCAUAGGAAAGCAUUGUAAAUGCUUUCCUAUGUGACCGGCUGAAUGCGCGCGCAGCUCUUGCCGCGCGUGCGCAUUCAGCCGGCGGGGCGGAACAGAGGAGGAUCGGAGGAGGAGAGCUCUCUGCCUAGCGCUGGAAAAAGGUACGUUUUUACCCCUUUCCCCCUUCCAGAGCUGGGCGGGAGUGGGACCCUGAGGGUGGAGGCACCCUCAGGGCACUAUAGUGCCAGGAAAACGAGUAUGUUUUCCUGGCACUAUAGUGGUCCUUUAAGCUUCUCCAAUAUUUCUCGUAACUAUUAAUAUGUGAAAAAAUAAUUAAUUGUAAGUCUUCCUGCUGUUUUGCUGACAUUCAGUUUUUUUUUACUUUGGUUUAAAAGGCUUUGUUAAAAGCUGUUGCUAAAGUGAUAGUCCAUGACAGCUGGAUGUAAAUCCUCACUGCUUACUUUCAUAUAAUAAUCUGCCAGGGAAAUUAUGGUGAUUUAGAAGUCAAUCUAAGUCAAUCUUUUCCUUGCAUUAUAAGUCAGUCUAAAGCUAAGCACAAAAACAACAUUGUAUAAUGGAAAGGUUAUGGUGCAAAGAGCACUCUUCGUCUUAUGUCUCAGAUGUCAGAACAGGAAUUUUACUUUCCCAUUUACAGUGUGAAACCUCUCCAACAUUAGCAUGGUUCACGAACAUGCUUUACGCACAACAACAAUAGACAAUCCACUUCUUCCCUGUGGGUGCACACGUGCAGUCAGAGGUUUGGUAAUUCGCUGCACCUACCCUGGUUCACACGGCUUUGAGUACUUUCACUCAUCCUAUGCAACUCAGGUCUAAACUACAACUCUGAUAACCAUGUUCGUACAAAGACCCCGUAGGCCAGAAUAAUAGUCUCUUUCUGGACACAUAGGAGUUUGUUGCCGGACGUUGUGGAAGUGCAGCAGCUUUUAAAACUUUAAAGGCAAUUUGGAUAAGUAUUUUAGGUAUGUAGCAUUAUAGGUAAUAAUCUACAUAAUAUGCAUUAUAUUUCGGCGGUCAAGUCCUGCCAAUUGUCCCAAAAUUAGGAAGUGGGUAAAAUCCAGCUUCUUUUUAGUUUGACAGUUUUGGACUGAAUUUUGCAGUGUUCCAUGUUCACUACAAUGUAAAAGUAUCAUUGUGCACUGAGUACAUCACUCUUUUUACCAUCCAUCCAUCUCUGCUCUCCAGAUUGGCUGUUAUGUAAUAGACUUGCCUGCCCUGGGCUGAGAUACAGAGGAUAUUGCUGUUAGUUUUCCAAGCAUUCCUUUGGUUUAAGAUUCUGUAUUUUAAUAUAAGACAAAUAUACAAGCCUAGUAUCACAAUGAGCUUUGAAGGUUAUACUUCAGAUUGUAAUUUUAAGCUUCCCAUUUUUGUCUGUUUAGUGCCCUUUUUUUUUUUUUUUUUUUUUGCUGAAGUAAUUUUCUUUUAAAGUGACAACAUUCUAGACAUUUACUGGACUAUUGAAUUUAGACAGGCAGUUACAUUUAGGGUAUAUGUGUGCUUUUGUCGUGUUUUUGACUCAAUAAUAAAGUAUCUUCGAGAUUUUUAAAUUCUGAUUAAUUGAUUCUUUAUAUGUUAUACUCGAUAGAGUUGGAACAGAUUUUCUUUUUCUUUUUUUCAUUAUGAUUAUUUAGGGUUACCCCCUUAUCUGCUCCUAUGUGACAUAGAGAUAUAGAUUUUUUGGCCAUCGAUUUUUUUUCUAUAAACAUUCUAGACAUGAUUUGCUAUUUGGGUUCUUUUUUUUCUAUAGGAUUUUUCAUUUUUAUUAGGGUGUGUAAGCUAACAAGGCAAUAUUAACAAUGCAAUAAGAGAUAUUGGGGGGGAGGGGGAAGGGGGGCAUAAGGAAGACAUUGGGAAGAAAUGGAAUUGAAAUGAGGAAAGGAGAGCUAGUCUCCAGAAGGUGUAGACGCAGUGAGAGAUGGUAAAUGUGGAAACAGGAUAGGGAAGGAAAGUUUGCAGGGUGAACUAAUUCAAAGUGUAACAUGAGGUUAGCUCCUUGUGUAACAAGUAUUUUAAUGUCCCUACUUAUAUAUCUGUAUUGUUUAAAGGGACACUGUAGACACUCAGAGCACUUAAUGGCAUUGCAGGUUUAAGGUUUCUUUGGAUGUCAUCGAGUUUUGCUUUUGGACACCCAACAUUUCAAAGUCUCCACAGGAAAUCGUGCUUUCCUGUAGGGAUGCUCUAAUCUAAUGCACGCUGCGCUUGGCGUGCAUUUGCUUUAGUUUCCCACAUCGGCAUGACGUCGCUGGAGGAGGAGACCAAACUAAGCGUGUAAAAUUUUCUUAACCCUUAAAUCGCCAGAUGAUGUGGGGAAUCUCAAGAAAUAGAGGGACACUGUAACACUAGGAAUACAGUUUUGUAUUACGAACGCUGUAAUUUUCCCUUUAAUCGUUAGGUCUUCUACAUUCCCGGUCUAAAAAAUAAAACGUUUUAUUAGUAUUGUGACACCAUUUUACAUCUGAUGGUAAACUAUUUCAGAUUUUCAAAAUGGUUUUAGGUGCCAAAUCUAGUGCCUCACUCACCUUUUUAUAAUCCCUGAGAGCUAAGUAGAAAGUGACUUUUUAUCAUCUUCUAAUGGGAAUAGUUAAUGCUUGUUCUAUACAGCCGUAAAACUUUUUUACAUGUCCCUUACAUUAAUAUAAAAGUGUACUUGACAAGGGUGCAUUUAUAUAUACACUAAUGAAUGAUCAUACAAAAUUAGCUCUGUAUUUAAUUGGCACAAAUGCCAGCAAAUAUUUUGAUAUUAAGGGAAAAAAAAAUGGUUUAAAAUGUAACAAUCUGCCUGCCACCUUUCAAAUUGUUCCUUGCAUAGAGUUAUAUGUUUCAAAUUUAGCCAUCACUGCACUUUAUCAUGUUUUGUGGUGGGACGAUUAGUCUGAAAAGUUUUUCCGGUAAGAGUUAAAAUGAUCCCUGAACAUUUACCAUUCGGAAAGUGAGAAAACCAUAAGGAACAGAAACACGUUGGACACGAACAGGGUGCAUCUUCAUUUUAUUUUUUUACACAAUACAUGCAAACACAAGCUAUUUCAUUGAUGACUUGUACAUUAUUCUAUAACCAGGCCAUGGAUAAGUCAUACAAUGUCAGUUUCCUUAUAAAAUCUGGACUGCUCACCUGCUGAGUAAAACUGAUCAUAAAGUGAUGUUUUGGAGUUUGCAUUAUGAACGAGUUCCUAUGAAAGAAGAGUUGUGUAAAACGUAAUGAACUUACUGUUGGCAGAUCAUAAGAUGGUAUUCAUUGCAGUUGUUCCAGCAUAUUUAUGGUACUUUUCAGCCCCUUUGAGAGAGAGUUACAGUCUCUCAAGUCACUUACUGUAGAAUUAAAGUAAUCUUUAUCCAAUAACUGAUGUCAGAACAUCUCCAAAACUCUUGGAUCAGUCUCUAGGGUCUUUUGAAACACAUUACUGCUUUCAAAACCUGGGUCCUGAGAGGCUUAGUCUGCACUUUGUACGUUUUAAAAUGAUCUUAAUAUAAAUAAAUCUACAGCAUUCGAAUAAAUGAAAGUAAUGCUUACCUGCAGGUCACUAAACAAACUGUUACAUUAUGGCCCAGUAUUCCUGGACAUUGUGCUGUCAUUAACACGUUACCUGGUUGUUGGUAGUGGCUAUUGGACUUUAGAUCUUAUUCACUAAAUUUCAAAUUAUAUUGAAGUCUAAAUUGCAAAAAAGUAGGCUAAAUUAGAUCUUAGUGAGCGAUUUUCUAAAUUUUAGCCAAGUGGGAUUUGUACACUGAACUUUUUACUAAAUAUAGUCUAAAAACUCAUGUUGAGUAGACUUUUUUUAUUUUUACUGCAUAAGCCACUUUCUUAAGAUGGUUGUAUUUGCCACAUAGUUAACUUAGUGGUACUUUUACUGGGAGUGGGAACAAAAACAAUGUAAUAUGUGGGUUUGGUUAGAUGAUGUAUAAGUGAAACAUUUUACAUUUUUUGUUAGGUGAUGCCAUGUCUUUUUCACAUGACUGAUACAUUAUUUUUUGUAAACAAUUUUCAGAUUUUAUACAGUGUAUAUUAUGGUAUGUAUAUAUCUACACAAACACACACACUUCCAGCACACUCACUCAUCCAUUAAACAUCAACUUCAAUGUUGACAUGUUGUAUUAGUUUUUUAAAAAACACCUAAUCUAGGCAAAAAUAAUGGGGGUUUAGUUACAUUAUAUGAUCAUACAUUGCAUCAGCCUGCCACAAGGUCAAUGUACCCCAUAUUUGGCAGGUCCUACUCUAACCGCCUAAUGUCUGCUCAUAUGAGAUUAACCCAAUUAAAAAUUGCCUUGUCAGCUUACACACCCUAAUAAAAAAUAUAUAUAUUCACUUUAUUUUGCUGUUGUCUAGCGCCCUCUGGUGUAUAUAGAGUUCUAUAUAUUUCAAAAAAUGGUUUGUAUGCAAUGACAUACUUUUUCAACUGUAGGGUAAUAGCUUCUUGAUCCAAAGAUAAGUCUUACUACCAUUCUGGGGUCAGGGGGGAGUUUUUUUUCCUAGUUUGUUGCAGAAUUGGAAGUGUUUUAAACUGGGUUGUUUUUUUUUUGUUUGUUUUUUUGGAUCAACAGAAAAAAAACAAAUGUGAGGAAGGCUGAACUUUUGAUGUACACAUGUCAAAAUAAGCGCACGCAAAUUAAAGAGGAAAUAUUCUGAAAGUAACAAAAACAAAUAUAGUGCAGACUAUCUGAAUAAAUGUAAAGCACAAAUGGGGUAAAGGGGAGAACUCACAUGCGCCAGAGCCUUUUUACCCCUGGCUCUGGGUUUAAAAAGCUCCACUUGAGAGGGAAGUAUCCCACACUGGAUCUAGAUUGUAUAUUGCCAGUAGUCUGAUGGUUCUAUGCAACAUAGGAAACUGAAAACCACAUACCUAUUAAGUCCCCUUAAUGACAUGAUUCUUACAUUAGAAAAGGCUAAACUUAAUAAAGGAGGAACAUGUAUUAUGAGCGAACACAUUUACACCAGCCCAAAAAAAUGGGGGACAAUUUCCAUUAAAACAUUUUUUUUUUUUUUUCUUUUUUUUUUUUACAAAUGGGAGCAUAGAGGCGGCCAGCUCAGGGAACAUUGUAGCCAGCCGCCCUGAGCUGCACGGAGGCCCUGUGGAGCGUCAAGGUGGUUGCCUGAGGCAGCGUGUGAGGGAGCAGUGAUCUUGCUGCAGCUCCUCUCUGCCCCCUCGUGUUCUAUAGUGAUGCUGGGAGCCAUAAUAUGACAUCAUUCCAGCCCUGGCAUCACUACAGGAAGCAGAGAGGAGCUGCUGGUAGAUUACUGAUCCCUCACACGCAGGAAGAGAGAUCAGCCCACUGGACCCCAGGGAAAGAUCCGAUCAGCUCACCCAAAGGUAGGGAGGCUGGGUGGAUCAAAAUGUAAAUUUGUGAGUGUGUGUCAAUGGGCCUGUCAGAUUGUGUAUGUGUCAGAGAGUCUGUGUGUAUCUCUUUAGGUACCUGCUCUGCUCCAAUCACGAGAGUGGUUUUUGCUCACCUUUUUUUCCCAUGCUGUGCCUGUUUUGCCGCAGCUUGUCCCGUCUCCAUAGGAGAGAUCAUCAAUCUUUAUGAUCUCAGCUAAGCCAAUGCUUUCCCAUAGGAAAGCUCUGGGAGGAUAUUGCACGUGUUCUACUGAGUGACUGUCACUAGAAGUCUUAGUAAGCAGCAAUGUAAACACUGCCUUUUCUCUGAAAAUGCAGAGUUUACAUCGAAAAGGCUACAGGGACAGACUAUAGGCACCAGAACAACUACAUUAAUCUGUAGUGGUUCUACAGUGCCCCUGUAGUGUUCCUUAAAAAAGUUAGUUUUUUGUUUUUUUUAAAGCUGGCUCCUAGAUUCUGAGUUAGAAUGAAAUGCACACACAAAUGUUUUUGUCUUGCCAAUUACCUAAAAAAAAAAAUCCACUUUGUCAUUAUAUAAUGUUUCCUCCCUAUUGAUGGCAGCUUUCUAUUUCUACUUGUUUGGUUUUUAGAUUAUUUAUUAUUGAGAAUUUAGUAAUCUGAAAAUUGUGAUAGUCAGUAAGUGCCACCUUUUAACCCUGGUUCUUGUACCACACAUGUGGUUGGAUGUCAUUAUGUUCUGCACUGACCACAAAAACAUAUCAUUUGACUUCAUUAAAUUACUUUUCAUGUAACUGUUUUUUUUGUUUGUUUGUUUUUUUAUCAUCCAUUGAAUUGGGUUCACUUCGCCAAACUUGGCAUAUCUGGAAUAACCCCAUAAAUAGAUCUUGUUUAAAUUGUUAAAUCGCUUAAUUCUUAAUAGUGAUGUAAUUGUGUAACAAUUUAUUGUACGUACUUGACCUUCAAAAACAUAUGUUUCGUAAAAAUGCAGGGUUUAGUAUGUGGUGACGAUUCUAUUCUCUUGCAAUUUAGUAAUUUGGAAGUGUCUAAAUGUACAAAAUAGGUAAAUCUAUUGGUUCCUCUACCCACCAAAGAUUGUAUGUGAAUAAUGAUUAAUCACACCUAACAUGGUUUUCUUUUCCUUUCCCAGGGUACUGUCUUUAGCCUGGAAUCUGAAGAGGAAGACGUACAGGGGCUUAUCGCGGAAGACAGCAACGACAUCUAUAUUCUGACUAGUGACCAAUCUGAACAGGUGAGCCCCCCUGAAAGUUUGGCAGUGUCCUCCUCCUGGCAGACUGAAAGCCUGCCCACCUCCUUGGGUCCUGAAUCCUGGCAACAGGUAGUCAUGGAUCCGGAGGAGCUUAAGAGCCUGGACAGCAAUGGAGGAGCUGAAGAACGAAGUGAGAACAACUCUUCAAACUCUGACAUUGUCCAUGUGGAGAAGGAAGAGAUAGCGGCAGUUAUCGAAGAGGCAGCAGUUGUUGAAGAGACCUUGGAACAAGAAGAAGAGAUUGAGGUUGACAUAGAAGAAAAGGAGAUUCUAGAAGUUCCUUCAUCUUUGAGAGAGGUUCUCACAGCGACAUUGCCAUCUCCUCCUGCAGAAGCGCAAAUACCGGUUGUUCAACUGGCGCACACUGAUUUAGACGUGCCUGUCAAGGUUGUGCCUGAAAAUGAGCCACCUGUCCUCCCACAGGAACCAAAAGAUGAGAGCCCCAUAUCAUCUCCAGUAGAAGCAGAGAAAAUAGAACGUCCUGUCUCUCCAAUACUUCAUUCUUCACCUCCUGUAGAAGAGGAACCGGUUUUCCUCACUGAAGGGAAGUCCAUUUUAUUGUACGGGGGUGCAGCAGCAGUUGCGAUUUUGGCUGUUGCUGUUGGAAUGGUGAUGGCCCUUAGGAAGAAAUAGAUGCAAUUGAUCCAGGGUAUUCACUCUUCUCUUUAUUCCCCAAACCUGCAAUGAUUCUCCCUUUGUAUGCUGUCGUUGCUCUUACCUCAGCCAGGUCUACCAUCUAAGUGAUAUCUGUGGAAAGGUUAAAUAUACAUCCUUAUUCAAGAAAAGAAAGAAGCCUUUUUCCUUUCUGUGACCAACCAGGAACUUUGUUCACAUUUGGGUUGAUCAUUAUUUUUGUUGGUGGAACUGAAGGGAAAUGGCUGCCUGCAGGGACUCCAUUGCCAGGCUUCACAAAGCUAUUAGUAUAUCCACAUCUCUCACUGCCAAGUAAAUGAGUCGCAGAGCAACAAAUAAUUCACGGUGGCUUACCAAAACAAAAAUCAAAAUACAAUGAAUGGGACAGAGUGGUGUUUUGUGUACAAUGGAUUAAAAAUUUGAGCACUUGUAAAUGCCCCAUUUUUAACAAGUCACAUUGUUUAGCAGGAAUCUAGUGUUUUGAUCUGUUUGUUUUCAAGAGGGUUAAGAAGACCCUUCUCGGAAACGAAUUUAGCCAUGGAAUUAGUGUUUUGCAUUUUUUUUCUUUCCUUAUUUUUUUUUUCCCUUUGUCCCAACAUUCUUAAUUAUCAGUGCAAUGGAAUAGCAAGUUAUUUUCAUUAUAGUUAAGUCAUAGUAGUCAUGUACACUCCAGUUUCAAAACAUCUUGUUUAAUUAAAAAGAAAAAAAAAUUAUAUAUAUAUAUAUAUAUAUAUAUUUAUAUUUAAUUUUUUUUUUAAAUAAAACUGCACUUAUUUUAAUGGCAUAGUAUGUUGUAAAGGAUAAAAAAUAGUGCCGAUAAAUAGUUCUAGAAUUUCUCAUAAAUGCUGUCUUUUCACCUGCUAGUCCUGCCCAGUUUUCUAAUGGGAGGACCUAUACAUUUACAACCACAGUCUGGGCUGGCCCAAAGUUAGUUACCUUGUUCAAACAGUAAUAUUUUAUUUUUUUUGUCCCCCACCCCUAAGCAGUUGAAGGCAACUUAGAUGUUUAAUGAAAAAAAAACUAUGAAUUGGGUAUUAUUGAUCUGCAGUGGCAUGGUUGAAAUGUGACUGACUUAUUGGCCACUUAUCCCUAAAUCUUAUUUAUAGUAUUUUGUAAGGAGCAUAACUAAAUCAAUAUGUAACUUGCCAAUGAGCUGCAAACUAGAUCAAGUCCAUAUUCCUCCUUUAAGUUCAGAUUCUAAUUGCAGUCUAACAAUUUAAGUAAUUUGUUUUGGAUAUAGUAGCAUAUGUAACAUUUUUCAUUUGUGCUGGAUAUCAAAUGUAAGCACUCUAAACAAUACAUCUGAUAUAUCUUAUGGUAAAAUGAGUCUGGGCGCUGCCCCUUAAUUUUCUGACAAUCUUUUUAAGCAGCUUAAGUAAAAACUAGGGCUUUUCCCAGAAUCCCAAAUCCUGGCCCUCUGCAGCCGCUUAAAUAAUGUGAAUGUAUACAGCCUGUACAGUGCCCCAUUAUAGGGAAUGAGGAAGGAAAUGCAGCUGCAGAAGAGCUUAGCCCUAGUUUUUGUCAAAUGGCCCCCAGAAAGUCUGACAGAACCUGUGGAUGUGUCCAAUGAUUCAUUGCACUGUUAGAAUGAGGCAUAGUCAUGGUGUUUAGAGUGACCUUUAAAUGGAGUUUCGUUUGCAGUAGAAAUCAGAUAAACAAGAAAAUGCAAAAUGCUCCUGCUGGAGUGCUGUAAAAUUUGUAGAUUUUACUAUUGGCUCACUGACGUUAUGGCUUUUUUUGUAGACUGCAUUGCAUCUUCUAGAGGUAUCAAAUCUACAGUUAGGGCCCAAUUUCAAAUUGCAUCUAUUAUACAAAGUUUAGGCCUAUCAAUUAAAUUUUUUUUUUUUUUUUUUUUAAUAUGCUUAUGCUGCAAUGUUACUAUGAAGAGACAUGAAAUGGUUAACUGCAAUACACAUUAAAAAUUUGCGUGCUAAAAGUUGUGCACAUCUUUGCAGCGACCCGGUUCAGUUCCAGUUUUAUUUGGCAGUAGACUUAAUUUACAUUUUUCUUUCUUUCAAAAGAUACUUUGUGUUUUAACAUAAGCAAAAACACUAUAAACUGAUGGAGUAGGGCAUCUGGCUCUUGGGUUUGAUUGGGAGGAAUAGUUUUAGCUUGGGACACAUAUUCUUAAACAGAUACUCUGAAAACCAUAACCACUACAGUCCAUUUCACACUAUGUAGGAGUCACACCUAGAAUCUUUCUUUAGACUCUUCUCCAUAAGCACAAAUAUAUACUGUGAUUUAUGGUGUGUAGAGUGCCUCUUGAACUUUUAGGUUGUAUAGUAUUUAACAACAAAUGUAUAAUUUCAUUAAAAAAACAAGGACAGUUAAAGGGAUACUCCAGGCACCCAGACCACUUCUGCCCAUUGGAGUGGUCUGGGUGCCAACUCCCACUACCCUUAAAGGGACACUAUAGUCACCAGAACUACAGCUUAUUGCAUUUGUUCUGGUGAGUGGAAUCAUUACCUUCAGGCCUUUUCCUGUAAACACUGUCUCUUUUCAGAGAGAAUGUAGUGUUUACAUUACAGCCUAGUGAUAACUUCACUGGCCACUCCUCAGAUGGCUGUUAGAGAUCCCUCCUGGGUCAUGGCUGCCUAAAAUGCCAUUCAGUAUCUCCUCCCUCUGCAUGCAGACACUGAACUUUCCUCAUAGAGAUUAAUUGAUUCAAUUCAUCUCUAUGAGGAAAUGCUGAUUGGCCGGGGCUGUGUUUGAAUCAUGCUGGCUCUGUCCCUGAUCUGCCUCCUUGUCAGUCUCAGCCAAUCCUAUAGGAAAGCAUUGUGAUUGGAUCAGGCUGCCACUUCGGAUGAUGUCAACAGACAGCUUUUUUUUCUGAGGCAAACAGCAUGCAGAUCUACAGUUUCAUGUUUGAAUACAGUAAGAUUUUGCUAUAUUUAUGGAGGCAGGGGGCUAGAUGGUGGUUUUAACACUAUAGGGUCAGUUAUACAUGUUUGUGUUCCUGACCCUAUAGUGAUCCUUUAACCCUGCAAGUGUAAUUAUUGCAGUUUUCAUAAACUACAAUAUUUACCUUGCAGGGUUGAGUCCUCCUCUAGUGGUUGUCUACUAAACAGCCACUAGAGGGACUUGUGUUCAUAGAACAGGAAAAGUGUUUUCAGCGACGCUGGACGUCCUCACGCUAUGUGAGGACCUCCAGCAUUGCCAAAAUCCCCGUAGGAAAGCAUUGAAUAAUGCUUUCCUAUGGGGAAGUCAAAUGCGCAACCAUUGCUGCACAUGCGCAUUAGGUCUCCCCCGUCGGCGGAGAGUAGGCGGAGCCUGACCCAGCUCCGAGGGACAUCGGCGCUGGACUCCGGUAAGUCACUGAAGGGGUUUCAACCCCUUCAACAACUUGGGAUGGGGGGUGGGAGGGAGAGGGGCACUCUAGGGUCCUGCAGUGCCAGGAAAACGAACAUGUUUUCCUGGCACUGGAGAAUCCCUUUAAAUACUUAAACUGGCGUAAGCCAUACAGAGAGGUUGACUAGCCAACUAGCAGUAUUUUGUAGAACUAAAUUUAUUGUCCAGCAGACAGUUAUAGAGUAAUACCCCCAACAUGUAAAAAUCUUCCUAGCCACUUUAAGUGACUUGUAGGCCUUACAUCACACCUUCUCUUUAGAUAGGUUAAUCAGAUUCAGUCAUUUAUUCAUCAAUCUAUGGAAGUAGUGGAGCUGCUGAGUGCAAACUAUUGCUACAUUGCACGGCUCAGCUAAGCUACAAACUAGUUUGCAGAUGGCUUGAGGGGCUCUGGUAGCCGCAACCUAACUUUGCGAUUCCAUUCUAAUGAAAGUCUGCAUUUUUGGACAGCUUGCAACAUCUUUUUCUUUCCCUGGUACACUGAUGGGAAUUCUAUUCAUCCCAGUCCAUGAGGCACCAUUGGAGGAGUCCUACUAUUUGUAUGUGCAGCCCUAUAUCUGAUGCUUCAACAAACUACUUUGCAAGCGGCAGCUGUCCUUCAAUUUCCAAUACUAUCAACCAGCCAGUGGGUAUGUGAAAGUGAUUGGCUGAUUAUUGCAAAUAUAUUGAUGUUUCACCUUACUAAUUGACGCAAUUUAUUGAGAACCUGUUCCAGAAUAGAAAUAAGGUGGGGCAGCUGUUCUAUGGACCAUUUGGGUGUGCACAGCAGUUUGUAAUUAAGAAAGGGCACAUUGGGUACAUUUAAAGAGAGGUGAGCUUUGCUUGCUGCUGCCAAACCUAAUAACAUGUCAGUUUUGUGACCGUACACAGUCACAAUAUUAUAAUCUUAAACAUGUCAUUGCACAAAAUGGAAUGCCCAACUUCUAAUUUUACUUUUAUGUGUAAGCAUAAGGAAAAAAGAAUCCACAGCCAAAAAUGCACAUGUACUUACACCCCUCGGCUGCUGGUUUGUUUUGUUAAAAAUACUGGACUGCUGGCACUUAUAGCAGAGGAGGGAGUAAUGUGCCAUGGAUUUAUAAUGGAAAGAAAAUUUGAACUAUUUGGAAAUAAUGUAACACUUUAUAAAUAUGUGGACUUUAUUUUCCCCAAUCUGGCCUCUUGUUUCUUUAUGUUGUGGUGUAGAUAUAUCCGUUAUAUUUGAUUAGUGUGUUUAGGUUCGCAAUGUAUAAGUAAACAACAUAGCCCAGAGGUAUCUAUAUUUUGUGUAAACAUCUUAAGUUUACAAAGUUGCAUAAAUCAGACCCUCCUCAGCACCCUUGAUGCUUUCUGGGCAAAAUGUAUUUCUAAAUAUUCAACACACACCUAUUCCAGCAGCCAUAUAAACCUUCAUCCCAAAUGGAUGUGCCUGCAAUAUUAUAGGUGGUUUCAGACGGUUUGUACUAAGUAAGGAUACCUUUACCAUUAAGGAAAAUUAGAACAUUAGAAAUACAAAUAUGUAUUUCUAAUGUUAGUUUCCCUUCCUGUGCCUCCCUCCCAAAAAGUGAAGUUUAAAGGGGGUAUUCUAAGCACCAAACAACUAUAUCUUAAUGAAGUGGUUUUGGUGUUUAGAUUAUGCCCCUGCAGUCUUACUGUUAAGUUAUGUCAUUUAGUAGUUAAAUCAAUCACUUUAUGUAGCCUUAGCCACACUAUCCCUAGCAAAUACUCACACAGCCUACAUUUGUUAGCUUCCUUAUUGCAAAUUGUGUUUAAUUUAUCAUUUAUCUCCGGCUUUAAUAGCCUGCUAGAAACUGCAAAAUCCUCCUGUGCGUGAUUAAAGUUCAAUUACCAGAGCAGGAAAUGUUCUGGUAAUUGAACUGUGCUGUGAGAUCUCAUUGAAAAUGAAAUCAUUUUUUUUCGCCAUGAAGGCUGUGAAAGUCACAGGGAAGGUGUGGCUAGGGUUUACUUCUAAUUAGCACAGAAUUGAGCAUCAAGAUUGCAGGGGCAUGAUAUAUACACCAAAACUACUCAAGCUAUUUUUUUUUUUUUUUUUGGAGCUUAGUGUCUUGCAUGCUGUAAAAUGCCGUAGCUCCACCUGUCUAUCAUUGGUGCUUAUCUCAGCCAAUCCAAUUUCCCAUGUAAGAAAGAAUUGGUGGGGGGGGAGAUACUGCCACAGGUGUUACAAUUGCUGCACAAAUCAGCAUCUCCUCAUUGAGAUGCAUUAGCUCAAUGCAUCUCUAUGGGGAACGAUUUGUAUAUUAAUGCAGAGGGUGAAGAACCUGAACGUUGGUCUCGCAAAGAUUGCAGGAUCACAACAAGCACUCAGUAGCAAAGUAAACGCUAGAAGUGUACUUAAAUUAAUUUCUGCUGGUACAAACAAAUCAAAUUCCCUUUAAUCUAUACUUGAAGAUAAAUCCCGGAUGGAUUGAUUAGUUCAUUGAAUAAGACUCCACUGUUAAACCCCUGACAGAUCAAUUAAUUUGGAUUAAGAUUAAAAGGAAUGUGUCUGUACCAGCUGAAAUCCAUUUGUGCGCUAGUCUAGUAAACACUCCCUUUUCUCAGAAAGGGCAGUAUUUACAUUGUGGAGACUGCAGGGACAUUGUCUUUACAUCAGAACCACUACAUUAAGUGGUGGUGGUUCUGCUGCUUUGCUUGUGCCAUUCAUUUAUAAUUGUAUUCAUAAAUAUCAGUUGUACCCCAGACACUGUAAGCUAAGUCCAUUAGUAAUACUAUGGGGGAAUCCCACUAUAAAAGAACUAAAAAUAUUCCCAUGGUUUAUAGAAGCAAAUAUAUUUUUACAUAAGUGACUGAUAUUUUAAACAGCCUGCACUUUUGAAAUUCCAUUCUUUGACCUGAUCCUAUGUAAGCAAAGAGAUUCAGAGCACUCCGAUGCAUUGUAACAUUACAGGAAACCAACCUUUAACAAUAGCACAUUUUAUUAAAGUAAAAAAAAAAAAAAAGUUUUUGUGCAAUGAAAGUUUAGAAAUAAAACAUUUAAUGUGCUUUUGGGAAUCAAUUCAUAACAAAUUUGAGGCAGGAUCUAGUAAAAGCAUAAUUAAAACUUGACUUGGUAGAGGCAAAUCUAUGACCCGUGUGCCACUACUAGCCACUACAAACACUCAGAAUUUUAUCAAGAACACAUGGCAAAUUCACUAUCAAUGCUUUGGAGCAGGGAAAAUGAUCUAUCUAUGGAGUUUAUUCAGUAGACUAGACCACAUGUCAAGUACAGAAGUGUAGUUUAACUCCAGCUCAGGUGAAUUUACUGUAUUUGGAAAGAUGCAAAGAAAGACAGUCCUAAAGCAUAUGAUGCAAUCUAUUGGUCUUUUUCAAAAUCUUACAACUUCUGGGUAGCUUUUAACAUAUUGUUUUUGUUUUUUACUAAUGCAUAUAAAAAAACUUGCAUUUUCAACAGUGCAUAUAAAUGACAGAUUUGCUCUCCGGUGGCUGGUUUGCUGUGCUAGGCUUUGAGUUUUUUAACAGUUGCUGGUGAUGACCUGGGUCAAUUUUGAUGCUUUAACUGUAAUCCUCCCUGCUGCUAUGAAUUUGCAGGCAGUUCUGUUGCUUCACAUGCUGGUCAUUUUUAUUUUCCCACUAGAUCCAUGUUCACCUCUGAAAAAGAAAACAUAGGUAUC